AUGGGGGGAGGAGGAAGAGAAAGACUGGAUGAGCAACAACACAAAAAGGUCAUCAUUAGACAGUGAGAAAUAAUACAUGACUAAUAAAGACAAAUGGUGUGAUGGUGAAAAUAAGUCUAAUAACCCUGUUUUAUGUGUGGAUAAAUAAUUAAAUCCACAAUUGGGAAAAGAACCAUAAACAAUAUGGCUUCCUUUUUUGGUUUGGCAGGUUCUUAGUACUGACCCUCUCUGUUGAGUUGAGUGCAUGUCGCUGGUAGCAGUGUUGGAGAAAAUAGUUGAAAGGUAACGUGGGGGUUGAUUAGUCAUUGAAGGAAAAUGAGUGUAGAGAGAAAGGGAGACAGGAAGAAGGGCCACCAGCUUAGUUUCUCUGGAGCAGAACUGCGAAAAGAGUGAAAAUAAAAGCACAUGACCAUCAAAGGAAGAAAAAAAGCCACUUGUGACAACAUAACUGGUGAUUUAUGGAUUUCUCUGCUCGCAUUUGUCUAUCGGGGGCACUGCCAAAGAGCAAAUCAAUCUCUGAGAUUGUGUGUUAUUGGUGGUUCUGGUAUUCCCCUGGCAAAUGGACACACAAACCAACAGGGCUCCCAGUGGGGUGGGGAGAGUUUUUAGUCCUCAAACACACAGUCAUAAAUCAAGCUUUGCUCCCAGAUACCCUGGCUAGUCGUUCUCAUUGAGCACCUCCAGCCAAAGGCACAUUCAUUUCAAUUUACAGGGCCAGCCAUGCGAUAUAGGGAAGCAUCAGUGGAGCGUUAGUUUAGUUUGUAAUUCCUAAUUACUUUCGCUCACAACAUGGCUGCUGAAUUGCUAAUGGUCGAAGGGUGUGACCCUGCUGAGAGCUUUGCUUUGAUUGGUUGAGGGGAGGCUGGGAGUCCCUCUGAUUGGUUGAAGGGAGGCUGGGAGUUACUCUCAUAGGCUGAUUCUAAUAGUGAGUAUGAAAAAAACAAAACAUGUAUGCACUCACUAACUGUAAGUCGCUCUGGAUACAGUGAGGGAAAAAAAUAUUUGAUCCCCGGCUGAUUUUGUACGUUUGCCCACUGACAAAGAAAUGAUCAGUCUAUAAUUUUUAUGGUAGGUUUAUUUGAACAGCGAGAGACAGAAUAACAACAGAAACAUCCAGGAAAACGCAUGUCAAAAAUGUUAUAUAUUGAUUUGCAUUUUAAUGAGGGAAAUAAGUCAGAAAGAUUUCUGGCUCCCAGGUGUCUUUUAUACAGGUAACGAGCUGAGAUUAGGAGCACACUCUUAAAGGGAGUGCUCCUAAUCUCACCUUGUUACCUGUAUAAAAGAUACCUGUCCACAGAAGCAAUCAAUCAAUCAGAUUCCAAACUCUCCACCAUGGCCAAGACCAAAGAGCUCUCCAAGGAUGUCAGGGACAAGAUUGUAGACCUACACAAGGCUGGAAUGGGCUACAAGACCAUCGCCAAGCAGCUUGGUGAGAAGGUGACAACAGUUGGUGCAAUUAUUCGCAAAUGGAAGAAACACAAAAGAACUGUCAAUCUCCCUCGGCCUGGGGCUCCAUGCAAGAUCUCACCUCGUGGAGUUGCAAUGAUCAUGAGAACGGUGAGGAAUCAGUCCAGAACUACACGGGAAGAUCUUGUCAAUGAUCUCAAGGCAGCUGGGACCAUAGUCACCAAGAAAACAAUUGGUAACACACUACGCCGUGAAGGACUGAAAUCCUGCAGCGCCCGCAAGGUCCCCCUGCUCAAGAAAGCACAUAUACAUGCCCGUCUGAAGUUUGCCAAUAAAAAUCUGAAUGAUUCAGAGGAGAACUGGGUGAAAGUGUUGUGGUCAGAUGAGACCAAAAUCGAGCUCUUUGGCAUCAACUCAACUCACUGUGUUUGGAGGAGGAGGAAUGCUGCCUUUGACCCCAAGAACACUAUCCCCACCGUCAAACAUGGAGGUGGAAACAUUAUGCUUUGGGGGUGUUUUUCUGCUAAGGGGACAGGACAACUUCACCGCAUCAAAGGGACGAUGGACGGGGCCAUGUACCGUCAAAUCUUGGGUGAGAACCUCCUUCCCUCAGCCAGGGCAUUGAAAAUGGGUCGUGGAUGGGUAUUCCAGCAUGACAAUGACCCAAAACACUCGGCUAAAGCAACAAAGGAGUGGCUCAAGAAGAAGCACAUUAAGGUCCUGGAGUGGCCUACCCAGUCUCCAGACCUUAAUCCCAUAGAAAAUCUGUGGAGGAAGCUGAAGGUUCGAGUUGCCAAACAUCAGCCUCGAAACCUUAAUGACUUGGAGAAGAUCUGCAAAGAGGAGUGGGACAAAAAUCCCUCCUGAGAUGUGUGCAAACCUGGUGGCCAACUACAAGAAACGUCUGACCUCUGUGAUUGCCAACAAGGGUUUUGCCACCAAGUACUAAGUCAUGUUUUGCAGAGGGGUCAAAUACUUAUUUCCCUCAUUAAAAAAUUUUUUGACAUGCGUUUUUCUGGAUUUUUGUUGUUGUUAUUCUGUCUCUCACUGUUCAAAUAAACCUACCAUUAAAAUUAUAGACUGAUCAUUUCUUUGUGAGUGGGCAAACGUACAAAAUCAGCAGGGGAUCAAAUACUUUUUUCCCUCACUGUAAGAGCGUCUGCUAAAUGACUAAAAUGUCAAAUGUAGAAAGCCUACUUUGGGCCAGUCAAUUAUAUGGAGCAUAUACAGUGCUGUACAGUGGGUCUUGAACAUGAUUUAGCCUUGCUUGGCUACUCAUCCAUAUCGCUCCAGCCAAAAGGACGUUUCUUCUCCACGAUGAAUGUAUGUUCAUGAAUGUAUGUUCAUGUAUCUUCACGAUGAAUAUAUUUAGUGAUUGUUAGAGCAGCAGGCAAGAUUUAGCCAACAAUGUUACUACAAACCUACAUUGCAUUGUGUGCAAUAAUUAUUUCAAAUGUACCUUUUUAGCAGCCUCACUCCCAUUCUUCAUUCUGAUUGGUGGAUUUUGACCAAUGGCGGCCUCACUCCCUAUUAAUCUCUGUUGUUCUAGGUGGAGUGGUUGAAGAAUGAGGAGCCGGUGGGCUCAGAUGGGAAUAUCGACACGCGAGCGGACCACAACCUGAUCAUCCAGGAGGCACGUUUGUCUGACUCGGGAAACUACACGUGUCUGGCCAGCAACAUCGUGGCCAAGAGACGCAGCCUCACCGCCACUGUGGUCGUUUUUGGUAAGACAACUGGGUUGUAUUCAUUAGGGCACACCGUAGCAAAACAUUUCAAAACAUUGUGCAAUUAGCGUUUCUUAUUGGACAACUUCAGGUAGCCUGUCCCUGUUUCAGUCCGUUUUAUUAUAUUUUGUACCUAAUGAAUACUAACCUUCCCUAUGCAGCAGACCUUAUGGAGCAAACCAUUUCUUUCAAUUACUUUGAACAUUUGAUUGAGUCUGUCUUGAGAGACAGAUAUGCAGCUUUUUCACUUUUGGGGCUAUUCUAAUUAGGUCCAUUGCACAAAGGCAAGCUCAAUCAAGCGCAUCUUGAUUUUGGGGGGUGUUCAAUUAUUUCACUAAGUCACAGUGUAGUCAAACACAAAGUACAACAAAUAAACCAUACAGAGUUGUCCUAUUUUGACAGACAAUUCAUGGAUAUUAUGUGAGAAUCUUCCUUACACUCAGCCGUUGUAUUUUUCUGUCAUUGGUCGUAGGCGGUCACGUCUUUGUUGUAUUUUUUCUUCUUUAUUGUAUUGUACCUGCAUAGUUCCACAUGCAUUUUCACAUUGUUAGCAUCUCCUUUCUCUUGACAUGUAUCUGAAGAGGAUGUUUUCUGCCUCCUGUCUAUGCAUUUACUCUAAUCAGUCUCUCAUAGGUAGUAGGUGUUAAGAGCAGUCAGAAGCUGACAUGUCUUGGUGUUAUGUUACAUCUUGUAACGGGCAUGUAAUGAGCAACUUCCUGGUUGAGUUUAAACACAAGACAUUUAAAAGACACAGGGAAGGCUUUGACAUAAGCUGUCAACUCCUCAACUGCGUGCCUGCUAGCUACCUGGAGGCUAGGAUUCUCUGUUGCUUGUGCUUUCGCAGGCUCGUAGGAAGGAAGGAAAGAGAGCUAGGAACAGAAAAAGGCAAUAGCUAGCGCCUAUCAUAACUCCACAGGACUGUGUGAACACAGGAAGACAACGAUAAAAUCGCAUUAAUUAAACCUCAUGAAACGUCUCUCUGAAUAUAAUACUUCUCUUAUUUAUUAAUUCCCUCUUUCAAACCCCUUUUGCUAGUUGAAAACCUCCUCCUCUGUGUCAACGUGACCAAAUCACCACACUGACAAUCAUUAAAACAGCUGGAAAUCCAACUACUGUUUUUGUCUAAACACAGAACCUGUUGAGGCCUAUCAGUAAUCUGUGUAGCUACACUACAUGACCAAAAGUAUGUGGACACCUGCUUGUCAAACAUCUCAUUCCAAAAUCAUGGGCAUUAAUAUGGAGUUGGUCUGCCCUUUGCUGCUAUAACAGCCUCCACUCUUCUGGGAAGGCUUUCCACUAGAUGUUGGAACAUUGCUGCGGGGACUUUCUUCCAUUCAGCCACAAGAGUAUUAGUGAGGUCGGGCACUGAUGUUGGGUGAUUAGGCCUGGAUCGCAGUCAACGUUCCAAUUCAUCCCAAAGGUGUUCAAUGGUGUUGAGGUCAGGGCUCUGUGCAGGCCAGUCAAGUUCUUCCACACCGAUCUCGACAAACCAUAUCUGUAUGGACCAUGCUGAAAACAGGAAAGGGCCUUCCCCAAACUGUUGCCACAAAGUUGGAAGCACAGGAUCGUCUAGAAUGUCGUAUGCUGUAGCAUUAAGAUUUCCCUUCACUGGAACUAAGGGGCCUAGCCCGAACCAUGAAAAACAGCACCAGACCAUUAUUCCUUUUUUCCAAACUAUACAUUUGGCACUAUGCAUUGGCGCUGGUAGCAUUCUCCUGACAUCCGCCAAACCCAGAUUCAUCCGUCGGACUGCCAGAUGGUGAAACAUAAUUCAUCACUCCAGAGAACGUGUUUCCACUGCUCCAGAGUCCAAUGGCGGCGAGCUUUACACCACUCCUGCCGACUCUUGGCAUUGCGCAUGGUGAUCUUAGGCUUGUGUGCGGCUGCUCGGCCAUGGAAACCCAUUUCAUGAAGCUCCUGACAACCAGUUAUUGUGCUGACGUUGCUUCCAGAGGCAGUUUGGUAGUGGAGUGUUGCAACCGAGGACACACAAUUUUUAUGCGCUUCAGCACUCGGCGAUCCCGUUCUGUGAGCUUGUGUGGCCUACCACUUCGCGGCUGAGCCGUUGUUGCUCCUAGACGUUUCCACUUCACAAUAACAGCACUUACUGUUGAUCGGGGCAGCUCUAGCAGGGCAGAUAUUUGACAAACUAACUUGUUGGCAUCCUAUGACGGUGCCACUUUGAAAGUCACUGAGCUCUUCAGUAAGGCCAUUCUACUGGCAAUGUUUGUCUAUGGAGAUUGCAUGGCUGUGUGCUGGACUUUAUACACCUGUCUGCAACGGGUGUGGCUGAAAUAGCCGAAUCCACUAAUUUGAAGGGGUGUCCACACACUUUUGUAUAUAUAGUGUACCUGACUACUUGUCAUGGUAAUGAUGUGCCUGGCAGGCCCUGCUAGGAGUGAGAGCCUACAGACAGACAGAUGUAAUGGAGUAAUGUGUUCUCACACUGACAUUUGUUUCCUGUCUGACGAUGAAUGAUGAUGAAUGGAGUCAUAAUCAGUCAAUCACUGAACUGCUUUUGAGCCCAGCACAUCUGAGAGAGAGAGAGAGAGAGAGAGAGAGAGAGAGAGCUUCACCUCUCUGACAUGCCUUUGGUUUCUUGGCCUUUCACGUUUAGCCCAGGUGGAACUCCUGUGUUUUAGGCAGUCAGCCUGUGCGUGUGGGGUUUUUUUCUCUUCCCUCCUUCACUCUGCUGUCAUGUUACAUUUUACAUGCUUCUCUCCUUUUUCCCCCUCUCUCUUUUUCUCUCCUUCUUCUACUCUCUCUCCUUCUAUCCUUCUCCCCUCUCCCAUCUCCCUCGCUUCUUUUCCAUCUCUCCCUCUACUUCCUCCCUCCUUCUCCCCCUUUGUCCAUUUCUCCAGUGAACGGAGGGUGGUCAUUGUGGACAGACUGGUCCACCUGUAACGUGCGCUGUGGGCGGGGGGUCCAGAAACGCUCCCGUACCUGCACCAACCCCGCCCCUCUCAAUGGGGGCACCUUCUGCGAGGGCAUGUCUGUCCAGAAGAGUACCUGUAAUGCCCUCUGCCCAGGUCUGUUUGUCUAUCUGGCUAUCUGGCUGUUUAGCAGGCUUCUUGUCUAUCUGUCUGUCUGUUCUCAUUCUAUCCAACAGUCUGACUGUCUAGGAGGGGGGAUAUUUUUGUUGUGGGGUUGCAUUAUUUACCAAGCAAUCUAUAUUAUGACAGCGCUCCUCUUCAAGGAGGAGGCGGGCUCCCCCACUGCUGUUAUGGUAAUUUCCCUCCAAACCGCUUUCAUAAACCCAUCGUCUGACCCCAUUUUUCCCCUCAGAGAGAGAGACAGAAAAGGAUAUAGGGAAGAGGGAGGGAGAGAGAGAGGGCAAGAGAGGUAGGGUGAGAGAGUGAGAGAGUGAGUGAGAGAGAGAGAGAAGAUUAGAAGAGUGUGAACAUGGAUAAAGAAUAUCAUGCAGUCUAAAAGGAAAGGCCGGAAAAUUAUUAAAGACUCCAGCCACCCAAGCCAUAGACUGUUCUCUCUGCUUCCACACGGCCAACGGUACCGGAUGAACAAGUCUGACACCAACAGGCUUCUGAACAGCUUCUAUCCCCAAGACAUAAGACUGCAAAUAGCUAACUCUGCAUUGACCCUAAUAUUUAUUUUAAAAAUGUGCACCGACUCUAUGCACACUCACUCAAUCAAACACACACACACACACACACACACACACACACACACAACAAGCACACACAUUCAUACUGACUCUACACACACUCACUAACAAUCAUAAUAUAUGCUGCUGCUACUCUGUUUAUCAUAUAUCCUGAUGCCUAGUCACCUUACCCCUAUACAUAUUUAUCCCUACCCCUCCAGUAUCCCUGCACAUUGUAAAUAUGGUAUUGGCAUUGAUCCUGGAACGGACCCUGUAUAUAGCUUACUUACUCUCUCGUGUUCCUCUUAUUUCUCGUGUGUUUUUGUUCUACUUAAUCAAUAAGGCACGAGGAGGUGUGGUAUAUUGCCAAUUUACCACGGCUAAGGGCUGUUCUUACACACAAUGCAACGCAGAGUGCCUGGAUACAGCCCUUAGCCGUGGUAUAUUGGCCAUAUACCACAAACCUCCGAGGUGUCUUAUUGCUAUUAUAAACUGGUUACCAACAUAAUUAGAGCAGUAAAAAUAAAUGUUUUGUCAUACCUGUGGUAUACGGUCUGAUAUACCAUGGCUGUCAGCCAAUCAGCAUUCAGGGCUCGAACCACCCAGUUUAUAAUUUACUUUAUAGUACUACUGACAUUGAUUACUGCAUUGUUGGGAAGAGCUUGCAAGAAAGACAUUUCACUGUACUUGUGCAUGUGACAGUAGAACUUGAGACUCUCUCUCCUCCACAAGACUUUCUCUCUCUGUGAGUCUCAGCCUGCGUGCAAACACAGCGUUUGCAUUUAGAUUAGCAAGGCAGAGAGAAACCUUGAAAACCUAUUGAAUUGGUAAGGUGGUAGAGGAGACUUGAUGGAACAAGACAAAAAGAAAACUGUAUUUUCUGCCUUGAGUCAGCACCAGGAUAGAACAUGACAUGGUAUUUUUCUAAUGUCGGCCCUGGAGAGAAAGAAGAGAGGGUUUUGUGUGGUGGGCUUUAGGGCUGGUCCAUUGUAAGUGCUCUAUCAGUAAGGUCCAUAAACCAAUUGUGUAGAGUAAUUCUGGUGUAAUGGGGUGGGGCAGUUAUGUUCCACUCAGCUGUUUGCUAACUCUGCGAAUCUAUUAUAUGAGUUGGGUCUAAGGUCCUGUGUGUCUGUGUGUGUGUGUCUGUGUGCGCAUGUGAGUGUGUGUGUGUGAGUGUGGAUGUUUUUUAACCCUUUCUUCCCUCUCAGUGGAUGGUGGCUGGGGAGAGUGGACAGAGUGGACGGUGUGCAGUGCGGCGUGUGUGAGACAGCGCAGCAGAGAGUGUACAGCCCCGGAGCCCAAACAUGGAGGCAGUCUGUGUGACGGGGCCGCCCUGGGAACAGAUAACUGCACCGGGGGCCUCUGCACUCAGAGUGAGUAAUGUCACAUACCGCUUCAUCUGGUGGUACAACUCUGGUGGUAGAUAUUGUCUUCAUUAUAAUCUUCACCAUCAUCGUCAGAAUGUUCAUCAUUGGGAUCAUCAUCAUCAUCAUCAUCAUCAAUACCACACUUAUUUUGUUGAGAAUUAAAACAUUGCCAAAGACAAAGUAGUCUUCUGUUGGCUGGCACGUUUCCAGUUGCAGCACCAGCAAUGCUGUGGACAAAUCCAUCCUUAGUUCCUUAGUGAUGCCAUAAGCAGUGAACCACAUACAGUAUCUGCCAGUUGCUUUGAGAGUAUGGGAUGGAAGCAGAGUUUGAAUUAUAUUGUGACAUUCGGGGGCUGGGUCUUUUUCAGGGUACUUUCUUUUUCUUUUGUAUGAAAAUGUUUUAUGGGCCUAAGUAAAGACGUAUUUUAACAGUAAAAAUGUAUUACCUUUUAAUGUGGCAUGAACACAACCAGUCAUGAUGUUUGUCAUCUGAUUGUCACUUCAAAAAGUAGGCUACCUGCACACGUUCAUAAUACAGUCCACUCCAAAAUAAUUUCAUCAUCCAAACAGUGCCCAUUUGUUACAAAACACCAAAAAGUGUAAUGACAUUGAGUGAUGUUCAUUAGGCCUACACUCUAGUAGCCUGAAUUAAUUGUUUUGCUGACAUAUUGACCUUUUUGUCAGGACACCUGAAAAGGGGCUGAAAUAUGGGACGCAAAUACAGCUGAGAGAAUAGGAGAAUGAUUAAAUUAGAGACCAACCCCCCCCCCCCCCCCCCCCCAAACUUUGUCUCAUGAGCACAUACCCCCCCGUAAUCCACACACUGGAUGGAAGUCCAUACUUAUUUCUUAAUUCUUCUGAUGCCCAUAUGCAGGAAGACAAUCAGCCUUAAUAUCUUCACAUCAAUUUCCACACAUACUUACACAGACACAUGCACACACGCACAGACACACGCUCCAUACAAUCCCUCAAGUCCUAUCACCGAGCCAAUCUCACUACCGUGAGACACACACAUUGUGAUCAUAAUCACAUUUGGGCAUGUACACACGUGCACACACACACACACACACACUCUCCAUACACUCCCUGUGUCAUAAAGAGUCUUAUCACUGGGCCCACACACACACACACAUUUUGAACAUGCGCACACAUAAGGGUGCUCAUUGGAAAACAACUGCAGGUUACAUUCUGUAGUAUUCCAUUCAAGUAGAAGUGAAAUGACAUGGUGUCUGUGUGUCUUUGCAGAUCGAAAGCUGCUACACGACGCCAAGCCACAGGGUGAGUUUUCCCCAACCACCAUCCUACUUUAGAACACAAUGUGACACACGAAAACCACUAUUUGCUACUCCUCUGCUAUAACAACCAUUUAUAUGUUGUCACGCCACCACUCACAGAUACAACUCUCCAACCCAAAACUCCAACAUCAUGAUCCAGAACUAUUAUUCCCACAAAAAUGAUCAUAUCACCAAAAUUAACCUAAACCACUCAUACUUCAGGUAUAGUUCAUUUUAUAUCACUCAAAUAUCCAGUUAAUGGUGGCCAAUAUUGAGAGAUAUUGUCAGGCUACCCUCACGUAUUUGAAAUUACAUGAUCAAUUGAUGUUUACUGAUGAUGAAAAGCAUGCAGUUACUUGCUGUAUAACUCUGAUGAUAGAGCUAAAUGUGCGCAAUUGUUUUGCACGGAAAAAUCGGAAAUGUGUAUUUCUGACUAUGCUUUUCAAGAGGUGAUAUUACAACCAAAUAGUUAACAUUUAUUUAACAAUCCCUUGAAAACGGCACUCAGUUGUCAAUGGUUUUAGCAGAGCUGGGAUCUCCUUGUCCCCCAGCAGGCAAAUCGAACGCUCUGCACCUUAUUGUGACGUUUUAUUGAUAACGACCUAUACAAGAAACCUUAUUCUCACGAUGAACACCUUCAAAAUGAUUAUCUUAAUCAUAAAAUGCCAUUUUAAUGCCAAUUACUUGUGACACCACAACUGUCACAUUCAGAUUGUUUUUGUCUUUUUUUCUUCUUCGUGGGAGUAAGGGAAAAAGACGCAGCCAGUCUGCCAAAAUUUAGCGAGCCCCCAAUUAACCUGCCAUGUUUAGCUGCUAAUGCCUCUUUUGCAUAUUUGGGCAAAUGCUGCUUUUCUUGAAGCUUCAGUCUACUUAGCGAUAUUCUCAGUCCUGUUCCUGUGCAGAUCUCAUUAUCUUUGGAGAACAAGCUAAGCCAGCAGUCCUUUUCUUUACACACACACACUUUUUUAAAUCUGUUGUGGUGUACUGGUGAGACCAGAUACAACUUAAUCAUUGCAGAUUAGCUAAUUUAAUGAACUGGUCUUGUCACAAUAUAGGGUGUUCACUCAUAAAAUGAUUAAUUCAUUCAAGGUUUAUACAAAUCAAUAGUGAAUUGCGUCAGAAAAACAAUAGUCCAAACCGUAUGUCUCUACCAUAUAUGGUUAAAAAAUUAGAUGAUUUACUCUGAGAAUUUAGCAUGUUUAGAGUGAAUGGAAUGUCAUCACGGGCAUGAUCAAAAAGUGUUCACUGCUCAUUAGAACUCUGUGGUGCUGCGCUGCGCCGGUGGCAGAACGGCGCUUACUUCGAACAUCACCUGACAAGCUAACUAGUGCCUGCAGGUUUGUGAGUGAAAACAUGGACUUUUUCUAAAUGAAAUCAGCGGAAUACAAAACAAAAUAGGAACAAAAUAUAUAUUUAUUUACAAAGCUAAUAGACUGAAUUUCAAUAUCCUCCCUCCGUGAAGACAAUCUGUUCCUGUUUUCAUUGUGUAUUUCUGAUUCUUUCCCUUUAUAUCACCAUUGAAAUGGCCCCUCUCAAUGUAGACUGAUCGCCAAUAUAGCGAAUUAAUGUCAAUGAAAGCCAAGGAUCUGGAGAUGAGGGUAUCAAGUUGAUUUUGAUUGGUCCAACCCGCGGAAACACCUCCAAAUGGUACAACCUCCCAACGCCAAAUAUGGAAGAGCUACAACCAAGAGCGGCAUGGUCUAAACUAGCAACAGUCACAGCAAAUUAACGUUCUUAUUUCAUCAACACUGUCAAGUACAAGUAUAUUAAGGUUAUAAUAUUGUAGAGAACAAUAUAAGGAUUAAUGCUAUGUUAUUUAUAAUGACAUAGGGCAAAGAAAAUGAAGUUUUGACAUAAUUUCAUAGCACCCUCUUGAAUUGCCCCGUCUUUCUCUAUAUUCUAUAGCAGUGAGUGAACGCCCUACACAAUAUCCCAGUAGAACGCAGAGGGCCUUCCGAGUGAUGCCAGAGACUAACAGCCCUUUGAGAUGACAGUCAGGUGCUGGGCUUGAUUAGAAUCUUAGUUGUGUGCGUGUGUGUGCAUGUGUGGGUGUGUGUGUCUGACACACCAGUCAGGUGCUGGGGUGAUUAGGACAACUUCCUCAUUAGUGCGUUAACAGGAUGCAGUGGGAGGAAAUACCGCACCACAGCGGAGUGAGGAGACAGGAAAUGGAGAACAAUAAAGCCACAGAAGGAAGCAGGUUGAAACCUGGAAUGUUUCUGCCCUAAAAAAAACUCCUGCUAGAGUUUUUUCAGUAGAACCUUUUCAGGAGAAGUGCAUUUUAGAGAUGUUACUGUGGAAGUUUCGGGUAAACAUGACUUUACUGUGCCUCUCCCAAAGCAUUUUAAUUAAAUGUAUUUUAAAAUGAGGGGCAAACUUUGUACAGCAGUGAAAGUUGUGUUGGUCUGGCCAGUAUAGCAAAAAAUCUAGAUGCCACUUGACUUGACCCUUCCAUCAUUGGGCUCAUAUAACAUAUCAUACUAUUACCUACUGAAUUCUACUCUGAAUAUAGCUCUGAGUUGAUACCUUUUCUCUUUCUCUGAUGUUUAUACUUUGAUUAAAGUUUCUCUCCCUCUCUCUCCCCCAGGUCUGGAGGGUAGCAGUGACGUAGCGCUGUAUUCGGGCCUGGCGGCGGGGGUGGUGACUGUGGUGGUGUUGAUUGUGGCGGUGACCCUCUACCGGAGGAACCAGAGCGAGUACGGUGUGGACGUCAUUGACUCCUCCGCCCUCACUGGUGGCUUUCAGUCCUUUAGCUUCAAGACCACCUGCCAAGGUGAGCUCAGAGAACACACACAGACAGACACACACACACACAGCUGAACACACAUUACCUUUGGAUAAGAUGAGGCAGGGAGGGGCACACACACACAUACACACACCAAGUUGAAGCAGAAAGGCACACACACUUACACUGCUGAAGACACACAUUGCUGUGGUCCAACAGAAGCUCAGUGUGUGUGACUGACUGUCCUUGGUGGUGUGUUUAACUACUUCAUUUUAAAAAGUCCUUGUGUCCAACAGCAAGGUUGUGUUUGGUUUGCUCAGUGACACAGUAGGGUGGUGUCAGCACUGUCUAACUUAUCUGUCUCUCUGUCUCUCUCCCUCUAUCGCUCACUCUCGCUUUCUGUCUCUCAUCCUGUCUGGAGUGGAGAGGAGCAGAGACCAGACACAGCUCUCAUUUCUCAUGGUCUCACUCUCUCUUCCAAACAAUCACUCACUCACUCACUCACUCACUCACUCACUCACUCACACACACACACACACCACAAACACACACACAAACACACACAAACACACACACCUCCCCUCCACCGUUCAGCACCCCCAUGGUGUUGAUGGUGGAGGAAAACGCUGUCUCAGGCGCCACUCCAGAAUCUCCCAUAAGUGUUCAAUUGGGUUGAGAUCUCGUGACUGAGACGGCCAUGGCAUAUGGUUUACAUCGUUUUCAUGCUCAUCAAACCAUUCAGUGACCACUCAUGCCCUGUGGAUAGGGGCAUUGUCAUCCUAUGGGAGCAUAGCCAUGGUAGACACAAUAAUGGCCUACCCAGCAUUUGUAUACAUGACUCUAAGCAUGAUAGGAUGUUAAUUGCCUAAUUAACUCAGGAACCACACCUGUGUGGAAGCACCUGUUUUCAAUAUACUUUGUACCCCUCAUUCACUCAAGUGUUUCUAUUAUUUUGGCAGUUACCUCUAUCUAUCUGCUCUACACUGAGUGUACAAAACAUUAGGAACUCUUUCAAUGACAUAGACUGACCAGAUGAAUCCAGGUGAAAGCUAUGAUCCCUUAUUUGGGCCUCUGUCCUCCCAGAGAAUUGGAGAAAUACACACACACACUGUAAAAAGUAACUGCCUAACUCAUUAAAGAAAUUGAGUAGUGGCUACUCAAACAUCUCCAACGGUCAGUAGACACUGGCGUUGGGGUUCCUCCCGGAGGUCAGGCCCCCCAGAAAGGAUUUGAACACCUCAUAAGCCAUGAAUGACUUUUUCUUUAUUACAGGAAAUUUGCUUGAAAACUGCAACAUUUUCUCUCAGCCUCAAGGAUUCUUGAAAGUCAGGACAAUCCUUGUGGCCGGCAGGGAAACUUUAUUUUUGUAGUUGAACAUUUGUAUUUUGUUGCAUUAUUUGAGUUUAAAAUGUACAUUUAGGGCAAUUUUAUAUAGAAAAUAUUUGUUUUUGGAAUUUUCAAGAUACUUUCAAUCAACCUGAUACCCCAGAUUGUCACGCUCGUUAUUAGAUGAGACGGACCAAGGCACAGCGUGAUAAGCGUACAUUUUAUUUCGUACACAACACACGAACAAAACAACAAAACGAUAUGUGAAGUCCUAGGUUAUAUACAAAACCUUACGGAACAAGAUCCCACAAUAAACUAGUGAAAACAGGCUGCCUAAGUAUGGUCCCCAAUCAGAGACAACGAGCUACAGCUGCCUCUGAUUGGGAACCACCCUGGCCAACAUAGAUCUAAACGAUCUAGAACAAAAACAUAGAAAACUAUAACAUAGAAAAUCCACACCCUGGCUCAACAUUUAAUAGUCCCCAGAGCCAGGGCGUGACACAGAUAAACAGUUUAGGGCAACCCUAAAUCAAUUUACAGGCACGGUUGACCACCCCACUCCUUCCCGGCACUCAUCUUGAGAGGAGUUUGAACGUGGUACCUCUCCAUGCUCACUCCACAUGCACGGUCUCAGGACUCAUGCCGCACUCCUGCCGCUCGUACACAGGUUGCUGGCUCAGACUCAGUAGAAGUGGUGCAGGACCGCGACCGGCAGACCCAGAAUUGGUCCAGCGUCGUCCAAGGUAGGGGAGGGUUUGGCCGGCAGGGAUGUGGGUUCGUUUCCCACGGGGGGCCAGUAUGAAAACAAACCAAAAAAAAAAAAAAACAUGUAUGCAUUCACUAACUGUAAGUCGCUCUGGAUAAGAGCGUCCGCUAAAUGACUAAAAUGUAAAUGUAGUGAACGCCAUUACUUCAGCCGGUUAGGAGGGGUGAAGCUCACACUGUUCUCGUCGUAUUAUUCCUUCCAUGCAUAUAGAUACCAUCUGUAGUCACUAUCGCCAUAACUUCGAGAGAGGACAGACCAAAAGAACAGUUUAAGGCAUUUCUGAUUCAGAAAAUCCAAACGACUAUUUACCAUAUGACAAAUUAUUACCUUCCUAAUUUUCUUAGUACAAAAUUCCUAAGACAAAUAUCAAACCACACCAACACCCUGUUGAAACCCUUUUCCAAAUUGGCUUAUACUCCCCUAUCAUAUUGGCGACCUCCCCGCAGAGUUACCGGUUCAGGGAGUUAGAGAGCUAACCCUUAGGGAGAAAACCCGACCAUACAGCAGACCCAAUCUGGUGAGAUGUGUAUUGAAACAAAAACACUUCUUCAUAUUAUACUCAAAUGUCCCCCAAUGUCUCUAUCCUUUCUAGUGAGGUUGAUCAGGCCUCAACAGAAAGUCAGGACAAAGGUCAUUCAACACCAUUAAAGUAUUUUCUUUCCCUUUUCUUUCCCUGUACUUCAGAAACCAUUUUAUUUUUUCUAACAUUUCCAUCAUUCUGCGUACCCACUUUACAACCAAAUUAAAAAGACCCCACACAAUAAAUCAAACACGGUAUUAACACCACUAACAAAUAUUCAUAACCAGUGGGUUGUGUGUGCGUGUGCUGGUGUGUGUGGUAAAACGUAGGGUAAAAAACUAACAUUUGGCCAGGCCUUACUUAUCUGGGAGCUCCCUCUACGGCCGGAUCCGGAUAACAUUAUACUUUAUAAAACUGCAGAAUUUCACAAAAGUCUCGGGAAACAUUUCAAAGAGAGACGUAAGGACACCCCAACCUCUCCUGGUAGAGAAAGUGUACAUCUCGUUAGUAUUCACUAUGCUACAUCUUAAUCAGCAACACAGAAGUUUGAAUGACAAACAAAACAUGAUCAUGAUAAAUCCAGUGUCCUCCCUCCAAUCAUUAAUCGUUUGUUUUAAUCCAUCCCAACGUUUAUGUACCCUUUAUGUAGCCUUUACUACACUUAGACACGGCAGCAUUUCUCUCGCCACCGAGUCUAACGAUUUUUUUUGUUGUUGUUGUUUUUCACCUUUAUUUAACCAGGUAGGCCAGUUGAGAACAAGUUCUCAUUUACAACUGCGACCUGGCCAAGAUAAAGCAAAGCAGUGCGAUAAAAACAACAACAACACAGAGUUACAUAUGGGAUAAACAAAACAUACAGUCAAUAACACAAUAGAAAAUAUAUAUACAGUGUGUGCAAAUGUAGUAAGUUAUGGAGGUAAGGCAAUAAAUAGGCCAUAGUGCAAAAUAAUUAAAAUGUAGUAUUAACACUGGAGUGAUAGAUGUUCAGAAGAUGAUGUGCAAAUAGAGAUACUGGGGUGCAAAUGAGCAAAAUAAAUAACAAUAUGGGGAUGAGGUAGUUGGGUGGGCUAAUUACAGAUGGGCUGUGUACGGGUGCAGUGAUCGGUAAGCUGCUCUGACAACUGAUGCUUACAGUUAGUGAGGGAGAUAAGAGUCUCCAGCUUCAGAGAUUUUUGCAGUUCUUUUCAGUCAUUAGCAGCAGAGAACUGGAGGGAAUGGCGGCCAAAGGAGGUGUUGGCUUUGGGGAUGACCAGUGAGAUAUACCUGCUGGAGCGCAUACUACGGGUGGGUGUUGCUAUGGUGACCAAUGAGCUAAGAUAAGGCGGGGAUUUGCCUAGCAGAGAUGUAUAGACGACCUGGAGCCAGUGGGUUUGGCGACGAAUAUGUAGUGAGGGCCAGCCAACGAGAGCGUACAGGUCACAAUGGUGGGUAGUAUAUGGGCCUUUGGUGACAAAACGGAUGGCAGUGUGAUAGACUACAUCCAAUUUGCUGAGUAGAGUGUUGGAGGCUAUUUUGUAAAUGACAUCGCCGAAGUCAAGGAUCGGUAGAAUAGUCAGUUUUACGUGGGCAUGUUUGGCAGCAUGAGUGAAGGAGGCUUUGUUGCGAAAUAGGAAGCUGAUUCUAGAUUUAACUUUGGAUUGGAGAUGCUUAAUGUGAGUCUGGAAGGAGAGUUUACGGUCUAACCAGACACCUAGGUAUUUGUAGUUGUCCACAUAUUCUAAGUCAGACCCGCCGAGAGUAGUGAUUCUAGUCGGGCGGGUGGGUGCAAGCAGCGUUCGAAUGAAGAGCAUGCAUUUAGUUUUACUAGCAUUUAAGAGCAGUUGGAGGCUACGGAAGGAGUGUUGUAUGGCAUUGAAGCUCGUUUGGAGGUUUGUUAACACAGUGUCCAAUGAAGGGCCAGAUGUAUACAAAAUGGUGUCGUCUGCGUGGAGGUGGAUCUGAGAGUCACCAGCAGCAAGAGCGACAUCAUUGAUAUACACAGAGAAUAGAGUCGGCCCGAGAAUUGAACCCUGUGACACCCCCAUAGAGACUGCCAGAGGUCCAGACAACAGGCCCUCCGAUUUGACACAUUGAACUCUAUCUGAGAAGUAGUUGGUGAACCAGGCGAGGCAGUCAUUUGAGAAACCAAGGCUAUUUAGUCUGCCAAUAAGAAUGCAGUGAUUGACAGAGUCGAAAGCCUUGGCCAGGUCGAUGAAGACGGCUGCACAGUAUUGUCUUUUAUCGAUCGCGGUUAUAAAAUUGUUUAGGACCAUGAGCGUGGCUGAGGUGCACCCAUGACCAGCUCGGAAACCCGAUUGCAUAGCGGAGAAGGUACGGUGGGAUUCGAAAUGGUUGGUGAUCUGUUUGUUAACUUGGCUUUCAAAUACUUUCGAAAGGCAGGGCAGGAUGGAUAUAGGUCUGUAACAGUUUGGAUCUAGAGUGACACCCCCUUUGAAGAGGGGGAUGACCGCGGCAGCUUUCCAAUCUCUGGGGAUCUCAGACGAUACGAAAGAGAGGUUGAACAGGCUGGUAAUAGGGGUUGCGACAAUUUCGGCGGCUAAUUUUAGAAAGAAAGGUUCCAGAUUGUCUAGCCCAGCUGAUUUGUAGGGGUCCAGAUUGUGCAGCUCUUUCAGAACAUCAACUAUCUGAAUUUGGGUGAAGGAGAAGCGGGGGGGCAUGGGCAAGUUGCAGCGGAGGGUGCAGAGCUGGUGGCCGGGGUAGGGGUAGUCAGGUGGAAAGCAUGGCCAGCCAUAGCAAAAUGCUUGUUGAAAUUUUCGAUUAUCGUAGAUUUAUCGGUAGUGACAGUGUUUCCUAGCCUCAGUGCAGUGGGCAGCUGGGAGGAGGUGCUCUUAUUCUCCAUGGACUUUACAGUUACAGGAUGCACAUUUCUGUUUGACAAAGCUAGCCUUUGCUUUCCUAACUGAUUGUGUAUAUUGGUACCUGACUUCCCUGAAAAGUUGCAUAUCGUGGGGGCUGUUCGAUGCUAAUGCAGUACGCCACAGGAUGUUUUUGUGCUGGUCAAGGGCAGUCAAGGAUACAUCCAGGAUACCUGGGCCAGGUCAAUUAGAAAGGCCUGCUCGCUGAAGUGUUUUAGGGAGUGUUUGACAGUGAUUAGGGGUGGUCGUUUGGCCGCGGACCCAUUACGGACGCAGGCAAUGAGGCAGUGAUCGCUGAGAUCCUGGUUGAAGACAGCGGAGGUGUAUUUAGAGGGUAAGUUAGUCAGGAUGAUAUCUAUGGGUGCCCAUGUUUACGGUUUUAGGGUUGUACCUGGUAGGUUCCUUGAUAAUUUGUGUGAGAUUGAGGGCAUCUAGUUUAGAUUGCAGGACGGCCGGGAUGUUAAGCAUAUCCCAGUUUAGAUCACCAAGCAAUACGAACUCUGAGGAUAGAUGGGGGGCAGUCAAUUCACAUAUGGUGUCCAGGGCACAGCUGCGGGCUGAGGGGGGUCUGUAGCAAGCGGCAACAGUGAGAGACUUAUUUCUGGAAAGGUGGAUUUUUAGAAGUAGGAGCUCAAACUGUUUGGGCACAGACCUGGAUAGUAUGAUCUCUACAGUAGAUUGCAACCACCCCCUUUGGCAGUUUUAUCUAGACGGACAAUGUUGUAGUUGGGAAUGUACAUUUCUGAAUCUUUGGUGGCCUUCUUAAGCCAGGAUUCAGACACUGCUAGAACAUCAGGGUUGGCGAAGUGUGCUAACGCAGUAAGUAACUCAAACUUAGGGAGGAGGCUUCUGAUGUUAACAUGCAAGAAACCAAGGCUUUUGCGGUUACAGAAGUCAACAAAUGAUAGCACCUGGGGAGUAGGAGUGAUACUGAGGGCUACAGGGCCUGGGUUAACCUCUACAUCACCAGAGGAACAGAGGAGGAAUAGAAUAAGGAUACGGCUAAAGGCUUUAAGAACUGGUCUUCUAGUGCGUUGGGUACAGAGAGUAAAAGGGGCAGAUUUCCGGGCGUUGUAGAAUAGAUUCAGGGCAUUAUGUACAGACAAGGAUAGGAGUAUAGUGGAGGUAAGCCUAAGCGUUGGGUAACGAUGAAAGAGAUUGCAUCACUGGAGGCACCGAUUGAGCUGGUCUCCGCGCGUGUGGGGGGUGGGACAAAGGAGCUAUCUGAGGCAGGUUGAGCGGGACUGGGGGCUCUACAGUGACAAAGUACAGUAAGAACUAACCGAAACAGCAAUAGGCAAGGCAUAUUGACAUGGGAGAGAGGCAUAAAGCAAUCACAGGUGUUAUUCGAGAGAGCUAAGACAACAGCUGGGAAUGGCGACGAACGUUUGAGCUGAGGCUAAACAGAUAAACAGGAUGGGGUACCGUAUAAAGGAACAGUCCAGCAGGCAUCAGCUGUGUAGCUGAGUGAUCAUAAGGUCCAGUGAACAGCAAUAGGUGUGUCCGGGAGCAGUUCAGUGGCUGCUACGGCACAGGCGAGCAGGAGGCACGGCUGUUGAUUGCGUGUGCUAGCGGGCCGGGGCUAGCAGAUGGAUCUUCAUGGUCGUCGCAACGGGAAGCCUGUUGAAACCACAUCAGACGAUUACGUCGGCAGACCAGUCGUGAUGGAUCGGCGGGGCUCUGUGUCAACACUAGGAGGUCCCGUCCGGUUGACAGAGAGGUAGAUAGCCGGGAGAUGGGCCUGGCUCGAGGCUAGCUCAAGGCUAACUGGGGCUUGCUUCGGGACAGUGGUGAUUAGCCAACAACAACAACAGCCAUUCGGUUGCAGCUAGCUAGUUGCGAUGAUCUGGUGUUAAGGUCCAGUGAUUCAGUGAUUCCGGCAGAAAAUCCAUAUGCUCUGGCUCGAUAGCGCGAUGUGCAGACUGGCCGAUAAUUGUCCAGGCUAGAGCUGGCUGGUAGGUAGUGCAGGCCACGGACAAUGGUGAAGACCGCUAACGGUGGCUAAUAGCAAGUACAGUGGGGGAAAAAAGUAUUUAGUCAGCCACCAAUUGUGCAAGUUCUCCCACUUAAAAAGAUGAGAGAGGCCUGUAAUUUUCAUCAUAGUUACACGUCAUCUAUGACAGACAAAUUGAGAGAGAAAAAAUCCAGAAAAUCACAUUGUAGGAUUUUUUAUGAAUUUAUUUGCAAAUUAUGGUGGAAAAUAAGUAUUUGGUCACCUACAAACAAGCAAGAUUUCUGGCUCUCACAGACCUGUAACUUCUUCUUUAAGAGGCUCCUCUGUCCUUCACUCGUUACCUGUAUUAAUGGCACCUGUUUGAACUUGUUAUCAGUAUAAAAGACACCUGUCCACAACCUCAAACAGUCACACUCCAAACUCCACUAUGGCCAAGACCAAAGAGCUGUCAAAGGACACCAGAAACAAAAUUGUAGACCUGCACCAGGCUGGGAAGACUGAAUCUGCAAUAGGUAAGCAGCUUGGUUUGAAGAAAUCAACUGUGGGAGCAAUUAUUAGGAAAUGGAAGACAUACAAGACCACUGAUAAUCUCCCUUGAUCUGGGGCUCCACGCAAGAUCUCACCCCGUGGGGUCAAAAUGAUCACAAGAACGGUGAGCCAAAAUCCCAGAACCACACGGAGGGACCUAGUGAAUGACCUGCAGAGAGCUCGGACCAAAGUAACAAAGCCUACCAUCAGUAACACACUACGCCGCCAGGGACUCAAAUCCUGCAGUGCCAGACGUGUCCCCCUGCUUAAGCCAGUACAUGUCCAGGCCCGUCUGAAGUUUGCUAGAGUGCAUUUGGAUGAUCCAGAAGAGGAUUGUGAGAAUGUCAUAUGGUCAGAUGAAACCAAAAUAGAACUUUUUGGUAAAAACUCAACUCGUCGUGUUUGGAGGACAAAGAAUGCUGAGUUGCAUCCAAAGAACACCAUACCUACUGUGAAGCAUGGGGGUGGAAACAUCAUGCUUUGGGGCUGUUUUUCUGCAAAGGGACCAGGACGACUGAUCCGUGUAAAGGAAAGAAUGAAUGGGGCCAUGUAUCGUGAGAUUUUGAGUGAAAACCUCCUUCCAUCAGCAAGGGCAUUGAAGAUGAAACGUGGCUGGGUCUUUCAGCAUGACAAUGAUCUCAAACACACCGCCCGGGCAACGAAGGAGUGGCAUCGUAAGAAGCAUUUCAAGGUCCUGGAGUGGCCUAGCCAGUCUCCAGAUCUCAACCCCAUAGAAAAUCUUUGGAGGGAGUUGAAAGUCAGUGUUGCCCAGCGACAGCCCCAAAACAUCACUGCUCUAGAGGAGAUCUGCAUGGAGGAAUGGGCCAAAAUACCAGCAACAGUGUGUGAAAACCUUGUGAAGACUUACAGAAAACGUUUGACCUGUGUCAUUGCCAACAAAGGGUAUAUAACAAAGUAUUGAGAAACUUUUGUUAUUGACCAAAUACUUAUUUUCCACCACCAUAAUUUGCAAAUAAAUUCAUAAAAAAUCCUACAAUGUGAUUUUCUGGAUUUAUUUUUCUCAUUUUGUCUGUCAUAGUUGACGUGUACCUAUGAUGAAAAUUACAGGCCUCUCUCAUCUUUUUAAGUGGGAGAACUUGCACAAUUGGUGGCUGACUAAAUACUUUUUUUCCCCACUGUAGCUAGUUAGCUGGCUAGUUUCAGCCGGAGGUUCUAGAUAAAAAGUUGUUGUAUAAAGAAAUAAUAAAAUCCGUUCCACAUUGGGUGAGGCGGGUUGCAGGAAAGUAUAUUUAGUUAAAGGAUGGAAAGUGAGAUUGAGAAAUAUAUACGAAAAAGACAAAGAAAAAAAAAAAAAAAAGCUAUUUACAUGAUGACACUACAGAAAACACGACUGCACUGGACCAUGUUGAAGUGUUGAAUACACUACCAGUCUGUUAAGCAGAUGUGUUUUCUGGGAGAAGUACAGUAUCUGACUCCUCUGGGACUUUUCUUUCCAGGACUCUCUUUCCUAAAUCCCAGUCCUGCAGUAUCUAGCUCCAAAUAGCCCCCUGAUAUGAUAGAUGGCGUUUUCCAUACACCACAUAUCCUUUAUCAUGUUCACUGAGACUCAGCUGCAUUGAACCAAAACAUGGAAAACAGAACAUCUCCAUUAUACUAUGUUCUCUAUAUUUUUUUGUUUUGUUUUGUUUAGUUUUUAGUUACACUUUAUUGCAAUUUAAGAUAUAUUAUAUUUAUUUGUCAAUCCAGUCCUUUCAGAGCCAAUGGGGGUCAUCAGUGAUCAUAGCUAGGGAUCAGUUUGUGACUAGAGGUCAUCAAACACAUUGUCCAUAUAUUUUUGUCUGUCAAUUAACUAAUCAACCAACCAAUCAUCCAACAAAUAAAUUAACCAAUCAACCAAUCAUGUAUUCUCUCUUUUCCAGGCAACCCCCUGUUGAUCAACUCAUCCCUGCAGCCAGACCUAACGGUGUCACGGACCUACACCAGCCCCAUCUGCUUCCAGGAUUCCAUGGAUAAAGAACUAAUUUCCCAGGAGCCUUCGCUCUUCGACCCCCUGCCCGACCUCAAGGUCAAAGUUCACUCCUCUUUCAUGGUGUCCCUGGGAGUGUCAGAGAGGGGGGCCGAGUACCACACCCAGAAAGCCCACCCCCAGACCUUCCCCCGGGGGCUGGCGCCCGACUACAGCGGUGUGGGGGUGGAGGGGACCCUGAGAGGAAGGAGGGAGAAGAGCCUCCUCGCCCCCCAUGCACCGUCUACGCCCUCCAGGCCCCCACUCAGGACGGCCGGGGUGUUCGGACACGCGGGAGGGAGGCUGGUGGUCCCCAAUACAGGUGAGGGUUGUGGUUCGUAAGGGCGAUGUAGCACACUCAUACACAUGCUAACACACACAUGUACACAUGCAAACGCAAGCAUACACAGGCAUGGAUGUUUGAAGGCUUCCACACACACAGGUCCACAUACCACAUACAUAGAGGCACACACACGCACAGAGGAGAUGAUCACAAGAUACAUACACAUAUACACACGUACGCACACACAUAUAUGCACACACACUCACGCGCGCACACACACACUGCUGGGCUGUCAGGUCUAUUUAGUGCAGGUGACAGCCAGAAAGGCCAGUCAGGGCCUCUGGGGCUCUCAAAUCAAUGUUGCCAACAGUGCACCACACACACACAUACACACACACACACACACUACCACUGGAGCCCACAAACAAUUCCUCUCUAGAGUGCCAAUCUAACCUGCCAGUAGAUUAAAGUGUCACAAAGGACAGGAGACAUCAAUGUGGGGCAGUGUGUGUGGAUGAGUGAGAGCGUAGUGUGUGUGUCUGUGUGCGUGUGUGUGCAUGUACAUAUGUGUGCAUGCGUAUCUCUUGCUCAUCUCCUCUGUUCCUCUCUCUCUCUCUGUGUGUGUAGGCGUGAGUCUGUUGGUGCCCCAUGGGGGGAUAGCUGAGGACACUACCUGGGAAAUGUACAUGGUCAUCAACCAGGAGAACAGCAGCAGGUGAGACACGACACACAGAUAUGGCACAGAGAACCAGGCUGCCUGCCUCCCUUCCUACCUCUUAUCGCUCUCUCUCUUUCAUUCUACCACUUCAUCUCACUCCAUCUCUCAUCCUGUUUUCCCUAUUUCUCACGCUAUCUCUCCCACUUAUUAACACCCACAGUUACAAAUAAACACACGCACGGGUGUAUGCAAGCACACACACACAUGCUUGCUCGCUCACUCACUCACUGACACAGACACACACAAACACACACACAUACAGUGUUGCUCCAUACUAUGGUAUAGCAUGCGGUAUGCCAUGGUAUGGUACAGUGCGUUACAUACCAUACGUGGUAUGGUACAGUGCCAUUAAUGCCCACCAGAGGGCAUCUUUGAGAACAUCUACACUUCAUGAUUACAAUUGAAUUAUAUAUUUCAUUGUAGGCCUAUAGGAAGAAAAAAAGGAAGAAGAUCAAGCAAGCCGAGUUUCAAUAUUGGCAGAAUAUUGUAUGAAAUAUUGGCCAUUUAAAAUGCAAUUAAAUCUGGUACUUUCAAUUCAAAUGUGACUCGAUCCAUUCUCUAUUCUCUUGUUGAUAUUAUAUCCUGGACUUUAUUUACGAUUAUUUUCAUUGUAGCCCGUUCUCCGGUUCACAGCGCUGUAUGGGUUUUGACUGACAGCUGUUAUAAGCUUGAGCACCGCACACAACAAGAAGAUGCCCUUAUCCCUCCCGUUAAUUGGGCUAAUUGCACAUUUGUUGUUGUCUGAAUAAGGGAAAUGCUGUAAAUCGAUAGGAGUCGAUGUGUUUUGACCUUAUAGUUGAAUGCGAUUAUUUUAGUUUUAAAGCCACCAGAUGCUUCUUUCUAUUGUUGCUAUCUAUUCGGUAAUGAGUGAGGCACACAGACUCAGCCAUACAUUAGUGAGUCUGUGUGCCUGCUUGAGUGGAUGAGCUGAACUCUUCAGAAACCAACGACAAAGUUACUAUUGAAGGCUUGGCCUAUUUAGAAGGCUAUUUUGCAGCAUAGAGCUAUAUUAAGUUAUUGUAAUGUUUUGUCACUCAUUUUGUGGCACAGUCUCCAUGGAUUUGUCUCCCGACAGCCAGAGACAGUAGCCACAGAUCAAAAUUGCUUGAAUUUGAUAAUUUACUUAUGAAGUUUGCAUUUGGAUUUCAUUUGGAGUUCUUCAAAUUGCUUGAACCUGUGUGUCUCUAGAGAACAUUGGUUAAUGCCUAUAGGCCUAAUAGAAUAUACACAGUUGGAAAAUGUAUAAAUAUUUUAAUUGGUUGAGAUAGAAUCAACAUUCGGCCUGCUACCAAUUAAAUGUUAUUUAUUUCUCUGCGCCCCUCACUGCAAGACCGAAUUGUCUGCUUUAUAUGAGGCUUUCAUUUAAGGAAGGUCAUAAAAAACAUGAUACUAAGAUAAUGUAUUUAUAAAAGAACAGAAUAGCAUGUUUUGAGUUGUAUUUAUCUGUGCUUAGUAGCCGAGGCUAUAUGGCUGCGCCAUUCUUCAUCCUAAUCAUUAAGUUGUGUACAAUUAUCAGUUUCUAUCUGGUUUCUAUCACCCAUUCAUCAAUUCAUCAAGAGACACAUUAGCGCCUGGGUACCAACGAUUUACACCGAACCCAAAAGCAUAAUCAGCAUUCUAACUCCCCCUUGCGGUGACACAAUAUACCGUACUAUAUACCAUAAUGUACCUCAAUGCACUGCGACAUAACCUCAACUUUUAAUUGAGGAACCACUGUACACUCCGCCCAGCAUGCGGCCUUAGCUCAUCUUGCACACUCAGGAAGAGGCUGGCAGUUGCAGCAUGGCCCUGAGCAACUGGCUCAACAACUGGCUCAGCCCCCUCCUUCCUGUGCGACUGGUUAAAGCUGUGAAUAUUAAAAAGUCUUCAGUGUUAAGGCUAUCUGCCAUCGUUUGUCAGAUAGAAUAAGACAGACAAAGAGAGAGUCUAGGUAACUAUUGCCUGCUGUGGAGAGCCAAUUGCCGUGACCUAGCUGUCAAGACUUUCACCAGGCUAUUACUCAAGGCGAAAAUGGCACGACGUAUAAAACACGUUCACAAGAAAUGUAAUACUGUUAACUUCUUGAAGCCUCUCGGAAAAAAGUCAUCUCGCCACCAUGAGUCAGUCUUUUUGGAUCUGUUUGUUUGUGAUUGCUUUGCAGACCAAACAUUUCUAAUAUCUCAAACACAUCUGGAUGAAACCAUCCCAACAACUUAUCACCCAUGACAACCUGGUUAACCACAGCUGGUCCCAUCAAGGAAAUGACAUUUCGACUUCUCAAGGAGUUGAAAUAUGUGACAUUGAUUGUCACUUGCAUGGCAUCAAAUGUGGCUACAAUCCAUUUCACCUCCCUCCUCCUUCCUCCUUCUCAGAGCACCCCAGAGGCUUCUGGGUAGCGAGGGUAAAGAUAAUCAUCAAAGGUCACCUAUAGUUUACGCCUCAGAGUUUAGGGGUGGACUGCCUGUGUCUGUCCUGUGAGGUGUGCGCUACUUUAAACACUCCUUGAUCUCCCUGAGCCCACACCUUUAGGUUUCUGCCUGGUCCUGAUAAGGCUGGCUGCUUGCCUGGGGGGCAGCGCACCAUUGAGCUGUCAAUCACAAUCUUUUGACAAGCACUUGGAGAGACCCUGGGAGAAAUUAAAUGUUUUCUUCCUAUUCAGACUUCAGAACGAAUCCAACUACAUGAGGCGGUUGGCGGUGGAUCUCCACUCGGCUGCAGAAUAGGAAUCAAUCAGCUCAGCCUUGACGGCUGCAGUAUGGAGACUGAGAUGAGAGGCUUUUCCUCUCUAGGGAAGUCUCCACACUGCAGUCUGAAGGCCUUGGUGAGGGUUAUUAGAUGUUAUUGAGAGAUCAGGAGAACAGUUAACCAUCAAAGUUGAGUUGAAAAGUUUGUAUUGAGAGGAGUUGGGGAGCCUUAUGCCGAACACACACAGAAAGUGUGUCUGUUCUUCAGUGUUUUUAAUGUCAUGUGUUUGUAGCAGAGGUAGUUCAUGGAGCUAGCCUCAUCUGAUGAGUCACUUUGCUCAAAACUCCCUGUGUUAAAGCCUUGGCUUCAGCUCAGCGAGCUAACAAGGUCUUGUUGUGCACUGAAAGCCUGAAACUCCAUAGGGAACAGUAUCCAAGGUUGUUAUGUUUUUUUUCUUCUAAAUGAAACAAUAAAACCCCCACAGGGUAUUAGUGCCUUGAAGUGCAGUUAUUGUUUGAUACUUGUCAUGCUACCACGGUACAGCCUGUGGCCUUAACACAAGGUCAGCAGAUCUCUGUAGAGAUCCGAUCGGUGACUGCGUGUGAAUGAGAGAUCGAGUGAAAGGGUUUGAAAGGGAAAGUGUGAGAGAGAUAUUGUUGUUAGGAGGAGUUGCGGUAGAGGGAUGUAAGAUCGAGAGUGAAAGAAGGAGUGUUGAUUAUGGGUUACUUCAGGUGGCGUUCAGUCAAACCUCUCUCUGUUUGCAAUCAUGUUACUAUUCUGUUUACCUUUUUAUCUUGUUUACGAAGCUAAUUUCAGCGUAAAAAAAUGUUAGUCUAUUUGUUUGCAUGUUUUUAGAAUAAGAGUUUCAGUGGACCAUAAAAUAUCACUCAGCAUCACAAUUCCAAACAUCUCUCAGAGUGCAGUCAAAUCAUUCCAACAUGAAAACACUAAUUCAUUAUUGAAACAUCAAUAACCCAAAGUCGCCCUAACUGAUCCACCUCUCAAACUAAUUCCAUUGAACAAAUAAUGUAUCUUUGUUCCCGAGAUACUCAGCCAGAACCAUGAAAAAUGUCUAGUUUUUUAUCUUUGCUCUGAGUCGUGCUUUCUUUGAAAAGCAAAUGGUUUUUAUUCUCCUCUCUUCAGGCUAAUUAUCAGAGUCCAAUAUGCAGGUAACCUUGACGUUCCUAUGGUGACUGGGCCUAAUUACCAUAGCACACACACACACACACACACACACACACACACAAACAAACAUACACACACACAAACAUGCGUGCGCACAUGCACACACAUACAUGCAGCACAGCUGCAGGCUUUCACUGCUGUUGGCUUAUUUAUUCUGUAUUUUUACAUGAGAGAUCAUAACCCCUGUCAAUGUUUCGCUGCUGAUUUGCUUUCAUUUUAACAAUGGAGACAAAUUGGACAAUAGGCACUGAUAAUUAUCUGAAAAAUAAAUAACGAUAAAGCCGAGUGAAAAUCCUGUGGCGAGCGAGGUUGAUCUCACUAUGUUCACCCCAUAUCGUGUUCAACUGAUGUUUCAGAAAACAAUAUAACACAGUCAUAUGCUUGCAUAUGUCUUUAUUUCCAGUUGAUGGUUAGCCUACCCUACACAAUAGAAUGCUAGCCUACUUGUUGCCUCCUGAAAACAGGUUGUGUACCCAAACAGACCUAUUCCAGCCAGUCAGUAUUUGGAUGUUUGUGAUGUUUCACUCAACACCAACACACAGUGGUCCUGAUCCCCUCAUUAAAGCGUCCAUUUUAUCAAUUUAGCUGAAAUCACUCCUCUGAUUCUGCCUCUAGUCCCUAAUCGGACUUGUCACUCAGGCUUAGGCGGGGGACACCAGCUUGGCCCUGUGACAGCAGGGGAUAGCAGGGCCACUCUACCCACUGUGAGAUUGACCCCCAGGCCUGCAGCAGCAGGACUGACGGAUGGUUGAGGCUCAAAUAGUAUGAAGUCAAGCAGACAUCAGUUUUCAUUGGACGCUGGGCCGUAAAGAUCUGUGUAGUAGUGCAGCCCUUCUGGACUGAUGGCAGCCCCGUCAAAGUUUCUGUGUUCGCAAGAAUGGGACAAUAUGCCAAUAUGUAUUUUUCCCCUCUUGCUCAUGUAAAGCAAUUGCCUACUGUUUAGGAAACAUGCCCUGCUCUGGUUUUCAUGUUCCUCUCAUGUACACUGUCUGUGGAUAGUUUGGAGUCUAAACCCAUCCUGAUGUUUCUGUAUGUGUGUUUUCAGCAGUACCCUAUCAGAAGAGAGCCAGGAGGUCCUGCUGAGCCCAGAGGUCACGUACGGUCCACCGGGCCUUGACCUCUCCUGCCCCGUCGCCAUGACGAUAGCCCACUGCGCUGAGGUUGCCGCCGACAACUGGAGCAUCCGUCUCAAGAGGCAGACACAGGAUAACAAGUGGGAGGUGAGAUUAUCCUGAAAACAUUUCAGAACAUUUAGAGGAACAGUGUGACAUUUUUCUCUCUUAGAAACUUAAUUGUGCAAAAGACACUGUAUAUUUCACAAUUGAUAUUGUAACUUCCCUUUUAUAAUAUCCAUGAGCUUAUUUAACUGGAGUUCAAGUAAACAACAUUAAAAUGCGUUCCAGACGAUGCAAACACUGGCCGUUGUAUUAAACCUGGCCUUGGAUUAUGUGGAUCUAUUUAAAAUGUUACGGUUAUUUUCCACAAUUUUGCUUUCUGCGUGGGCUAAUAAUGUGCAAGGAAAAUGUCACCCAAUAUGCUCACAUCCAAUGAAACAUUUCCAUACAGUGCAUUCAGAAAGUAUUCAGACCCCUGGACUUUUUCCACAUUUUGUUAUGUUACAGUGUUAUUCUAAAAUUGAUUAAAUUAUUUUUUUCCCCUCAUCAAUCUAAACACAAUACCCCAUAAUGACAAAGCAAAAACUGGUUUUUAGAAAUGUUGGUAAAUUUAUUACAAAUAAAAUUCAGAAAUACCUUAUUUACAUAAGUAUUCAGACCCUUUGCUAUGAGACUCGAAAUUGAGCUCAGGUCCAUCCUGUUUCCAUUGAGAUGUUUCUACAACUUGAUUGGAGUCCACCUGUCGUAAAUUCAGUCCCACAGUUGACAAUGCAUGUCAGAGCAAACACCAAGCCAUGAGGUCGAAGGAAUUGUCCUUAGAGCUCCGAGACAGGAUUGUGUCGAGGCACAGAUCUGGGGAAGGGUACCAAAAAAUUUCUGCAGCAUCGAAAGGUCCCCAAGAACACAGUGGAAAAAUUUAAAAAGUUUGGAACCACCAAAACUCUUCCUAGAGCCCGGCCAAACUGAGCAAUCGGGGGGAAACGGCCUUGGUCAGGGAGGUGACCAAGAACCUGAUGGUCACAUUUACAUUUACAUUUUUAGUCAUUUAGCAGACGCUCUUAUCCAGAGCGACUUACAGUUAGUGAGUGCAUACAUUAUUUUUAAUUUUUUAUGUAUUUAUUUUUUCAUACUGGCCCCCCGUGGGAAUCAAACCCACAACCCUGGCGUUGCAAACGCCAUGCUCUACCAACUGAGCUACAUCCCUCUGACAGAGCUCCAGAGUUCCUCUGUGGAGAUGAGAGAACCUUCCAGAAGGACAACCAUCUCUACAGCACUCCACUAAUCAGGCCUUUAUGGUAGAGUGUCCAGACGGAAGCCACUCCUCAGUAAAAGGCACAUGAGAGCCCUCUUGGAGUUUGCCAAAAGGCACCUAAAGGACUCUCAGACCAUGAGAAACAAGAUUCUCUGGUCUGAUGAAACCAAGAUUGAACUCUUUGGCCUGAAUGCCAAGCGUCACGUCUGGAGGAAACCUGGCACCAUCCCUACGGUGAAGCAUGGUGGUGGCAGCAUCAUGCUAUGGGGUUUGUUUUUCAGCGGCAGGUACUGGGAGAAUAGUCAGGAUCGAGGGAAAGAUGACCGGAGCAAAGUACAGAGAGAUCCUUGAUGAAAACCUGCUCCAGAGCGCUCAGGACCUCAGACUGGGGCGAAGGUUCACCUUCCAACAGGACAACGACCCUAAGCACACAGCCAAGACAACGCAGGAGUGGCUUCGGGACAAGUCUCUGAAUGUCCUUGAGUGGCCCAGCCAGAGCCCGGACUUGAACCCGAUCGAACAUCUCUGGAGAGACCUGAAAAUAGCUGUGCAGCGACGCUCCCCAUCCAAUCUGACAGAGCUUGAGAGGAUCUGUAGAGAAGAAUGGGAGAAACUCCCCAAAUACUUGUGUGCCAAGCUUGUAGCGUCAUACCCACGAAGACUCGAGGCUGUAAUCGCUGCCAAAGGUGCUUCAACAAAGUACUGAGUAAAGGGUCUGAAUACUUAUGUAAAUGUGAUUUCAGUUUUUUAUUUGUAAUACAUUUGCUAAAAUUUAUAAAAACCUAUUUUUGCUUUGUCAUUAUGGGGUAUUGUGUGUAGAUUGAUGAGGGAAAUAAAUCAAUUAUAGAAGGCUGUAACUUAACAAAAUGUGGAAAAAGUCUGAACACUUUCCGAAUGCACUGUAUACUAUAUAUACUAGAUAAGUUGAUUUUGAUUUCUUUGUUCCAUAUAAAAAAAACAGGUAUCUUCAGUGUUCACCUGAAACUGAGAAUAAGAUACAAUCACAUAAUCUAAAUUCUACAUAUUCUGUUCUUCAUACUCUUCUCAACCUCUAUUCCACUGAGGUUCAUUGAGCUGCCAGUUGGGAGGAACUAUUUCACUCACUCAUGUUAGCAUGGACUUCUUUGAAAAGUAGUGAAAGCUCAAGUCCGUCCAACCUCUCAAAAAACUCUGCCUCUCUGCCUCUUAUAACUUCCCACUCUCUCUCUCUCAUUCUGAGGGACUCCCUCGUUCUCUCAAGCUCUGAGCUCCGACAUCAAUCCACACCCUCUAUUUUUCUAGAUCCAUCCACCUGUCUAUCCAUCCCAGAAGACGAAUCAGCGAUGUUCUUUUAAAGGCCCAAUGCAGUCAAAAACGUGAUUGUCCUGUGUUUUAUAUUUCCAAACUAUGAGGUUGGAAUAAUUUUGUGAAAUUGUGAAAAUUACAAUAAUGCCCUUUUAGUGUAAGAGCUGUUUGAAAAGACCGGCUGAGAGGGGAGUGUGGGUGUGCGUGGAACCCCAUCAUUACAUAAACCUCCCUUCCACCACAAUCCCUUCAUCAGAUUCCUCUCCUCCAUUAACAAUCCCUUCUUCUUCCUCUGUGGUCACAUCAAAGAGCAGGGACAGCAGCAGGGGACCAGAACUAUCUUCUCCACACACACACACACACACACACACAACAAAAUGAAUUAUAGUGUGAAAUUGUGAAAAUUAUGAUAAUGCCCUUUUUAGUGUAAGAGAUGUUUGAAAUAAACACCUACAAUUUCAGCCUGUUUUGGUGGGAUGGAGUUUUGGCCUGCCUGGUGUCAUCACCAGGCGGUAAAUGAGUUAAUAGACCAAUAAGAAAGAGUUCCAAAUCUCUCUGCCAAUAACAGUUUGUUUUCCCCACUCAGACCACUCCCAGACAGUCCUAGCAAAAUUGUUGCUUGAGAAAUUACUCUUUGCUAACAAGGUAUUUGUUUAUUUUUUACCAUUUUGAUUGCAAACACAGUAAGGUACUUGAUUGUUGCCCAGACAUGAUUUAAUAUUGAGAUAAAAUAGCUGCAUUGGACCUUUAAUGUUUAACUUACUUCAUCAAAGGCGUGUCGGAGAGUGACCGGGAGCUCAUCUAGGCAGUGUUGACCCCAGAGCUCAGAGCUCUUUGUGCCUUGCGGUUAGCCUGUGACGGUCCAAGACCCUGGCCUAUUCACUGCCUGUGACAUUUACACAGGAUAUAAUUUGCUGGCGAGAGACGCUUGCUGCACAAAAGGCAGCUAUCAAAGACCAGUCGACGAAUGAGUGUGUGCGCGCUGUGGGUUAUAUGCUGACGGGAGAGAGGGAGAGCAGGGGGAAGAGAAAAAGAGAAAAGUGGGGAUAAAGAAGAAAGAGGGAGAGAGAUGUUUAAAGACAGAGAGAAUGGGAGAGAGAAGGUGAAGAAAGAGAGAGAAAUUGGUAAUUGAAUUGAAAUAAAUUGAGAAAGUGAGAAAGACAGAGAUGAGAGAAAGAGAGAGAGAGGCCUCCUUCAUCUUGCCCGUGUGAAGGAGCCAUGGCGCAACCUGUCACCAUUACUGUGAAAUAAUGAGCCCUUUAUCUCAGGCAGAAUGCCAGGCCAGCCUCUUCAAAUGUGAACCAUCGCUGGAAUUAGUGACAUUACCAGAGAUGGAAGGCAUCUCUCUCUCUCUCACACACUCACACUCACACACACAUUGCCCUUAAAGCUGCUUAGCUUUUGGGGUGUUUGACUCCAUCAUUUUUUCCUCUGCCUGCCUGUCUGGUGAGGAUGAGCUAUAUAAAAAGUAGAUUCCUCAUGUCUGCUGCAGCUAAUGUGCCAGGUGUUGCAUCUAGGCCAGGGGAUUACAUUACUAUAUUAUAUAGCCUGGCUUUAUAUGGUUUAACCAUGCCUUAUAAGCUUAGUGCAGAGGGCCACAGGGUCACUGGGAUGGUGCAGUAGGUGAUUUAGGAGGGGAAUUGAGCACAGAAUGAAGGAGAAAUGACCUAUGCAUACGGUUGUGUGGUAAUCACGUUACUGUUCACGAUGCCAAAUGCGCUGAUUGCUUCUCUAUCUGUCCCCAGCCAUUUUCCACGUUAAAAACCAUCAUCUUAAGGCCAUAACCCGCCCUAACUCCUUUUUUCUUCUCUCUUCCUCUCCCACAGGAAGUGAUGUCGGUGGAGGAGGAGAGCACUUCCUGCUACUGUCUGCUGGAGGCUCAGUGCUGCCACCUGCUGUUGGAGCAUCCAGGGCGCUACGCCCUGGUGGGGGAGCCUCUGAGCCAGGAGGCGGUGAAGAGACUGAGGUUGGCAGUGUUCGGUAGUGCAGACAACACCAAUCCACUGGGAUACAGCCUCAGAGUGUACUGUGUCGACGACACCCCCUACGCAUUCCAGGUAUGGAGAGGGUGAAUGGAUGGAUGGAUGGAUGGAUGGAUGGAUGGAUGGAUGGAUGGAUGGAUGAAUGGAUUGGUGGCCAACAAGAUCGCAUAGUUUCCCUUAGAAAUUCAACGUAUUAUGGAUGAACGUCUAUUUUUUAUGCAUUAAUUCCGCGCGGUUACAGGGUAAAUUCUGUGUGGUUACAGGGUUAAAACAAAAACAGCUCAAAGGGUUAAGUUUAGGAUAGAGGGGUAAAGGUUUGGGCUAUGGUUUUUGUCGAAGGCUUGCUAGAGCAUUGUGCACUGGCAUAUCACAGUUGUCUAAGCAGCGCUCUCCAGCUCCUAGCAUCCCAUUGCUGGGCAAUCGUUAUUCAUUUUUUGGGUGCGCGCCGAGGAAAGUAUUCAGACCCCUUGACUUUUUCCACAUUUUGUUACGUUACAGCCUUAUUCUAAAAUUGAUAAAAUUGUUUUAUUUUCUCAUCAAUCUACACACAAUACACCAUAAGAAAAUGUAUUACAAAAUAAAUAAAUGAAAUAUCACAUUUACAUAAGUAUUUAGACCCUUUACUCAGUACUUUGUUGAAGCACCUUUGGCAGCGAUUACAGCCUGGAUUUUCAGGUCUCUCCAGAGAUGUUAGAUCGGGUUCACGUCCGGACUCUGGCUGGGCCACUCAACGACUUUCAAAGACUUGUCCCGUAGCCACUCCUGCGUGAGAAGAGGUUUCUCCAUCUGAUUUUCACGCUCCACCGGAGAUUAGCCAGUCCAGUCACACACACAGAGACAGAGACAGAGACAGUGUGUGUGCAUUCUCUGUAAAGAGGUGAUGUAUGAGUCGUAUACAAUGAAGAGUAGCUAUGGCCUUGUCACACAAACUAAUUUACAUUUACAUUACAUUUACGUCAUUUAGCGGACGCUCUUAUCCAGAGCGACAUACAAAUUGGUGCAUUCACCUUAUGAUAGCCAGUGGGACAACCACUUUACAAUUUUGAUACAGUGGGGAAAAAAAGUAUUUAGUCAACCACCAAUUGUGCAAGUUCUCCCACUUAAAAAGAUGAGAGAGGCCUGUAAUUUUCAUCAUAGGUACACGUCAACUAUGACAGACAAAUUGAGAAAAAAAAAUCCAGAAAAUCACAUUGUAGGAUUUUUAAUGAAUUUAUUUGCAAAUGAUGGUGGAAAAAAAGUAUUUGGUCACCUACAAACAAGCAAGAUUUCUGGCUCUCACAGACCUAUAACUUCUUCUUUAAGAAGCUCCUCUGUCCUUCACUCGUUACCUGUAUUAAUGGCACCUGUUUGAACUUGUUAUCAGUAUAAAAGACACCUGUCCACAACCUCAAACAGUCACACUCCAAACUCCACUAUGGCCAAGACCAAAGAGCUGUCAAAGGACACCAGAAACAAAAUUGUAGACCUGCACCAGGCUGGGAAGACUGAAUCUGCAAUAGGUAAGCAGCUUGGUUUGAAGAAAUCAACUGUGGGAGCAAUUAUUAGGAAAUGGAAGACAUACAAGACCACUGAUAAUCUCCCUCGAUCUGGGGCUCCACGCAAGAUCUCACCCGGUGGGGUCAAAAUGAUCACAAGAACGGUGAGCAAAAAUCCCAGAACCACACGGGGGGACCUAGUGAAUAUCCUGCAGAGAGCUGGGACCAAAGUAACAAAGCCUACCAUCAGUAACACACUACGCCGCCAGGGACUCAAAUCCUGCAGUGCCAGACGUGUCCCCCUGCUUAAGCCAGUACAUGUCCAGGCCCGUCUGAAGUUUGUUUGAGUGCAUUUGGAUGAUCCAGAAGAGGAUUGGGAGAAUGUCAUAUGGUCAGAUGAAACCAAAAUAGAACUUUUUGGUAAAAACUCAACUCGUCGUGUUUGGAGGACAAAGAAUGCUGAGUUGCAUCCAAAGAACACCAUACCUACUGUGAAGCAUGGGGGUGGAAACAUCAUGCUUUGGGGCUGUUUUUCUGCAAAGGGACCAGGACGACUGAUCCGUGUAAAGGAAAGAAUGAAUGGGGCCAUGUAUCGUGAGAUUUUGAGUGAAAACCUCCUUCCAUCAGCAAGGGCAUUGAAGAUGAAACGUGGCUGGGUCUUUCAGCAUGACAAUGAUCCCAAACACACCGCCCGGGCAACGAAGGAGUGGCUUCGUAAGAAGCAUUUCAAGGUCCUGGAGUGGCCUAGCCAGUCUCCAGAUCUCAACCCCAUAGAAAAUCUUUGGAGGGAGUUGAAAGUCCGUGUUGCCCAGCGACAGCCCCAAAACAUCACUGCUCUAGAGGAGAUCUGCAUGGAGGAAUGGGCCAAAAUACCAGCAACAGUGUAUGAAAACCUUGUGAAGACUUACAGAAAACGUUUGACCUGUGUCAUUGCCAACAAAGGGUAUAUAACAAAGUAUUGAGAAACUUUUGUUAUUGACCAAAUACUUAUUUUCCACCAUAAUUUGCAAAUAAAAUCAUUAAAAAUCCUACAAUGUGAUUUUCUGGAAUUUUUUUUCUCAUUUUGUCUGUCAUAGUUGACGUGUACCUAUGAUGAAAAUUACAGGCCUCUCUCAUCUUUUUAAGUGGGAGAACUUGCACAAUUGGUGGCUGACUAAAUACUGCAGGAUUUGAGUCCCUGGCGGCAUAGUGUGUUACUGAUGGUAGGCUUUGUUACUUUGGUCCCAGCUCUCUGCAGGUCAUUCACUAGGUCCCCCCGUGUGGUUCUGGAAUUUUUGCUCACUGUUCUUGUGAUCAUUUUGACCCCACGGGGUGAGAUCUUGCGUGGAGCCCCAGAUCGAGGGAGAUUAUCAGUGGUCUUGUAUGUCUUCCAUUUCCUAAUAAUUGCUCCCACAGUUGAUUUCAUCAAACCAAGCUGCUUACCUAUUGCAGAUUCAGUCUUCCCAGCCUGGUGCAGGUCUACAAUUUUGUUUCUGGUGUCCUUUGACAGCUCUUUGGUCUUGGCCAUAGUGGAGUUUGGAGUGUGACUGUUUGAGGUUGUGGACAGGUGUCUUUUAUACUAAUAACAAGUUCAAACAGGUGCCAUUAAUACAGGUAACGAGUGGAGGACAGAGGAGCCUCUUAAAGAAGAAGUUACAGGUCUGUGAGAGCCAGAAAUCUUGCUUGUUUGUAGGUGACCAAAUAGUUAUUUUCCACCAUAAUUUGCAAAUAUAUUCAUAAAAAAUCCUACAAUGUGAUUUUCUGGAGAAAAAAAAUCUCAAUUUGUCUGUCAUAGUUGACGUGUACCUAUGAUGAAAAUGACAGGCCUCUCUCAUCUUUUUAAGUGGGAGAACUUGCACAAUUGGUGUCUGACUAAAUACUUUUUUCCCCCACUGUUUAUAUAUAUAUUAUUUCACACAAAAAAAAAUCCUUAAAGAGGUAGGGUUUCCUCCCGAGUGACGCAGUGGUCUAAGGCACUGCAUCGCAGUGCUAGCUGUGCCACUAGAGAUCCUGGUUCGAAUCCAGGCUCUGUCGUAGCCGGCCGCGACCGGGAGACCCAUGGCGCACAAUUGGCCCAGCGUCGUCCAGGGUAGGGGAGGGAAUGGCCGGCAGGGAUGUAGCUCAGUUGGUAGAGCAUGGCGUUUGCAACGCCAGGGAUGUGGGUUCGAUUCCCAUGGGGGGCCAGUAUGAAAAAUAAAAAAAUGAUGUAUGCACUCACUACCUGUAAGUCGCUCUGGAUAAGAGCGUCUGCUAAAUGACUAAAAUGUAAAUGUAAAAUGUUUCAAGUGUCUCCGGAAGGUGGUCAGUGACUCCGCUGUCCUGGCGUCGUGAGGGAGCUUGUUCCACCAUUGGGGUGCCAGAGCAGCGAACAGUAUUUUCAAUUUCAAUCAUUCUCUCUCAUAUCGACACCCAUUAUCCUAUUUCUGUCUCGUUCACACAAAAAGACAAACACACACACACACACCUCUGACAGCAGCCAGUUGCUUUAAACCUGUGUGUUAUUCUCCAGAGAGGUUGUGAUUUGACAGAUCUUGGCUCAUUAGAGCAGCUUCGGUUCUGGACGCAGUCAGAGGGGAGCCUUGCAUGGUGAAUAGAGAGAAAUUGCAUUUGGGGAACCCACCAGCCAAUUUUCUCAGUCUCUCUCUCUGUCACUCUGCCCUGUUUAUUUGUCCUGUUUUUGUGUUGUUUGGGCUUCAUACGACAAAUGAUUUCCCUUGCGAUGCCCAGCCAGGAAAGUUAAGGGAAGCAAGGUUGCGAUUUUUCCAUUUCCCAAACUCGGUCCUGGGGACCCCAAGGGGUGCACGUUUUGGUUUUUGCCUUAACACUACAGAGCUGAUUCAAAUAAUCAAAGCUUAAUAAUGAGUUGAUUAUUUGAAUCAGCUGUGUAGUGCUAGGGCAUUAACCAAAAUGUGCACCCCUUCGGGUCCCCAGGACCGAGUUUGGGAAACACUGGCCUACGCCUUUCACUUUGUGAUGGAGACGGCCGGCAGACACACACACACACAGAGACAAAUACAGUACAUGCGUACACACAGACACACACAAAGACACACACACACUAAUGCUCCCGGUCUCCCUAGAGAAGCACACAACAAUACCCAUGGAUGAGAACCCAAAAAGCGUGAAAUCACCAAAGUCCUUUAAUCAAUAGGAAAUGCUAUUCUGGAAGAUUAGGCUUGAUUUCUGUCUCUUUGUGUGGCUUCUCAUGUAUUGUCAAUGAAUUCAACUGAAACAGCAUUUUAGGGCUAUUGUGCUUCCUGAUCUUAUUUAUUGGACGUUUUGAUGCCAGGAUUUGUUUAUUUGUUUCAUUGUGUGUUUGGGGGGGGUUUCAUUCUACAAGUGACAUGAUUAUGGAAUUCUUUCUAGUUGAUGAAAAAUGCCUUUUAAGCAAUUCUUCCAUUUCCUUUCUCUUGCAAAGAGGGCUAACUGAAUACCUAAUCUUUAUAGAUGACCUGGAGCCAGUGGGUUUGGCGACGAAUAUGUAGUGAGGGCCAGCCAACGAGAGCGUACAGGUCACAAUGGUGGGUAGUAUAUGGGGCUUUGGUGACAAAACUGAUGGCACUGUGAUAGACUACAUCCAAUUUGCUGAGUAGAGUGUUGGAAGCUAUUUUGUAAAUGACAUCGCCGAAGUCAAGGAUCGGUAGGAUAGUCAGUUUUACGAGGGCAUGUUUAGCAACAUGAGUGAAGGAGGCUUUGUUGUGAAAUAGGAAGCCGAUUCUAGAUUUCACUUUGGAUUGGAGAUGCUUAAUGUGAGUCUGGAAGGAGAGUUUACGGUCUAACCAGACACCUAGGUAUUUGUAGUUGUCCACAUAUUCUAAGUCAGACCCGCCGAGAGUAGUGAUUCUAGUCGGGCGGGCGGGUGCAAGCAGCAUUCGAUUGAAGAGCAUGCAUUUAGUUUUACUAGCGUUUAAGAGCAGUUGGAGGCCACGGAAGGAGUGUUGUAUGGCAUUGAAGCUCGUUUGGAGGUUUGUUAACACAGAUGUAUACAAAAUGGUGUCGUCUGCGUAGAGGUGGAUCCAGAGUCACCAGCAGCAAGAGCGACAUCAUUGAUAUACACAGAGAAUAGAGUUGGCCCGAGAAUUUAACACUGUGGCACCCCCAUAGAGACUGCCAGAGGUCCAGACAACAGGCCCUCCGAUUUGACACAUUGAACUCUAUCUGAGAAGUAGUUGGUGAACCAGGCAAGGCAGUCAUUUGAGAAACCAAGGCUAUUUAGUCUGCCAAUAAGAAUGCGGUGAUUGACAGAGUUAAAAGCCUUGGCCAGGUCGAUGAAGACGGCUGCACAGUAAAUCAAUCCCAGAACAACAGCAAAAGACCUUGUGAAGAUGCUGGAGGAAACAGGUACAAAAGUAUCUAUAUCCACAGUAAAAAUAGUCCUUUAUCAACAUAACCUGAAAGGCCGCUCAGCAAGGAAAAAGCCACUUCUCCAAAACCGCCAUAAAAAAGCUAGACUACGGUUUGCAACUGCACAUGGGGAUAAAGAUCUUAGUUUUUGGAGAAAUGUCCUCUGGUCUGAUGAAACAAAAAUAGAACUGUUUGGCCAUAAUGACCAUCGUUAUGUUUGGAGGAAAAAGGGGGUUGCUUGCAAGCCAAAGAACACCAUCCCAACCGUGAAGCACGGGGGUGGCAGCAUCAUGCUGUGGGGGUGCUUUGCUGCAGGAGGGACUGGUGCACUUCACAAAAUAGAUGGCAUCAUGAGGAAAGAUAAUUAUGUGGAUAUAUUGAAGCAACAUCUCAAGACAUCAGUCAGGAAGUUAAAGCUUGGUCGCAAAUGGGUAUUCCAAAUGGACAAUGACCCCAAGCAUACUUCCAAAGUUGUGGUAAAAUGGCUUAAGGACAACAAAGUCAAGGUAUUGGAGUGGCCAUCACAAUGCCCUGACCUCAAUCUAUAGAAAAUCUGUGGGCAGAACUGAAAUAGUGUGUGCGAGCAAGGAGGCCUACAAACCUGACUCAGUUACACCAGCUCUGUCAGGAGGAAUGGGCCAAAAUUCACCCAACUUAUUGUUGGAAGCUCUUGGAAGGCUACCCAAAAUGUUUGACCCAAGUUAAACAAUUUAAUGGCAAUGCUACCAAAUACUAAUUGAGUGUAUGUAAACUUCUGACCCACUGGGAAUGUGAUGAAAGAAAUAAAAGCUGAAAUAAAUCAUUCUCUCUAUUAUUCUGACAUUUCACAUUCUUAAAAUAAAGUGGCGAUCCUAACUGACCUAAGACAGGGAAUUUUUACUAGGAUUAAAUGUCAGGAAUUGUGAAAAACUGAGUUUAAAUGUAUUUAGCUAAGGUGUAUGUAAACUUCCGACUUCAACUGUAUGUGAUAGAUCUAUUCCGGGGGCCGACGACCUGGCUGUCGGAUCCGAUAACUUAUCCUAUUUUCUCCAGCACUUCAUAGGGUCCUUUCCAUGUGGCUAGUAGUUUACACUCUACCGUGGGGACCAGCACUAACACCUUAUCUCCCGGUUGAAAUUCCCUCAGGGUAUCCUGCCGGUUAUAAGUGUGCCGCUGGUCCUCUUGUGCUUGCCUCAUGUGCUCUCUGACGAUGGGCGUGACUGUGGCUAUCCUGUCUUGCAUUGCCGUGACGUGCUCUAUAACACAAUAUAAGGGGUGGCCUGGUGCUCCCAGGUUUCCCGGGCGAUGUCUUAAGAUUCCCCGGGGGUGCCUCUCAUAUACUAGCUCAAAGGGUGAAAACCCCAGUGAGGCUUGGGGAACCUCUCUAAUGGCAAACAUCAGAUACGGUAACAUGAAAUCCCAGUUUUUCCCAUCCUUAUCGAUUACCUUCCUGAGUAUUGACUUCAGGGUGCGGUUGAAUCUCUCAACCAGCCCAUCCGUCUGAGGAUGGUAAACCGAUGUCCUCAACUGUUUCACCUGCCACAACUUACAAAGGUCCGCCAUAAGGCGGGACAUAAAGGGGGUCCCCUGGUCAGUAAGGAUUUCCUUUGGAAUCCCUACCCUGGUGAACAGGAGCACUAACUCCUUUGCAAUAUUUUUGGAAACCAUCGUCCGAAGGGGAAUGGCUUCUGGGUAGCGAGCGGCAUAAUCUAGGAUGACCAGAAUGUAUUAGUGCCCUCUGGCAGAUUUGGGUAGUGGGCCCACUAUAUCCAUUGCCAUCCUCUCAAAUGGCGUUUUGAUUAUGUGGAGUGGCACUAAUGGGCUUCUAACAGCUGGUCGGGGAGCUGUUAACUGGCGCUCGGGGCAUUCCCCACAAUGUCGAGUCACCUCAGCCUGAAUACCUGGCCAGUAAAACCUCACAAUCCUGUCUCGGGUUUUAUCGAUACCAAGGUGUCCCCCCAGAAUAUGCCCAUUAGCUAGGUCCAGUACUGUUUUUCGGUACUGGGUGGGGACCAACAACUGUUCCACCACAUCAACCCCUAUUUUUGAGACUCUGAUGAAGUGGGGGAAACUAUUAGGCAUCGUCCCGUCAUUUAUGGGGGUACCAUCCACGACCUGCACAUCUGCUCUGGCUUGCUGCAGGUUUGGAUCCUGGGUCUGGGCCGUCCCGAAAUUAGUCAGGGACCCUGCCAGGUCUGUUGGUUCUAGAUAGUCGCCCUCUGAAUCCAGAUCGAUCCCCGGCCCAACUAGUACCGGGCUGCUCAUUAUUGACGGGGUCUGCCCCUUCCUCAUCCUCCCCUACUAGCACCUGUGAGGUUGGCCCCUGGGAAACCUUCUAUUUUCUUGGCUUUGGUUGAGGGCUAGAUGCUACUUCCUGCUUGGUCAGGGGGGUUUGCUUCUCAAAUAUGCCAUUAUUUUGGCCUAACCUCGCAAAGUUAGGAAAGUAUCUACCCAGUAUUACAUCAUCUUUGGGACCACGCAAACCUCAUAAUCCAGCAACCCCUCCUCAGUUUGUAUGCUCACUAAGGCUGUUGGAUACGGACGGGUAUCCCCAUGAAUGCACGUAACACUGACAUCCUGACUUAUCCAGUUUAUGAGUCGGCACGAGGUCUGCAACGACCAAGGUUAACAUACUGCCGGAAUCAAGCAGGGCUCCAACCUCUUUCCCUUCAACCUUCACCAUGCACAUAUGUUCAUUUAUUGGUCUUUCAAGUACAGUGGUUACCACAGGACAUGCAUACCAUAUAUCAGCUUCUUCUUUUCCACCGAGGUUACAUUGCAUUGGCUCUUCUUUCACAGGGCAGUAGGCCGCAAUAUGUUCCGGUCUAUUACAAUUGCAACAGAAAAUAGGGUUGACCCCUUAUAUGUGGGUCGGCCCCACCUUGCGAGCAUUCCCCUUGCUUCUGGGGAUUGUAGUUUUUGGCGGUCUGCCAUUUUGUGAUCUGUCGGGGUGGCCAUUUUAGUGAGAGGGCAGAGCCCGUUUAUUAGUUCUGCUCUCACAUAUCUGCCAUUUAACACUCUGCCCCUUUCUUUGCCACAGUAUAUUACUGGAAACCUUUUAAGUUUACCAGUAAACUACCAGAAUUUCGUAUCUUUCAAGGAUGUUACGUAAUCUGUCACAAUACAUCUAGUGGCCCUUUUGGGUACUUCAGAUUAUCACAGGUGUCUCUGGCCCUCUGUGUGGCCUUAUCACAUGUAAAAUAUAUGAAAUAAUUAAAUAAGAUGAUUUUAAAAUGAAACAUAGAAUGACAAAGCUGUAAAACAUUAUCCUAAAUAUAAACCAUAAACUUAGUGAAUACUAUUGGUGUUUAAUAUGAGUGUUUCAGCAUGAAAUAUCCUUUACAUUUAUUUACACACUUUUAUUUUAUUUUACCAUGUCAAUAUGUAUUUGUUGUCAAUGUUUUGGCGGCAAACUGUUGGCAGUUGUGAAAAAAAGUCAAUAGUUGGAUGAGUUGCAGAGUUAAUUGAAAAGAAUCCCAUUGUUGAUUAGACACUUUUUUUCAUUAAUUAGGCUAUUUUCUCUUGAACCAUAUCGUCUAUCUCCUAAAAACUCACUGACAGAUGGAGGAGAGGGGUUGUGACUGAGUAAUAUUGAUUUUCUAUGUUCUGUAAUCUGUGUAUACUGUUCUUCAACGCUGUAAACACACCCGGAUUCAAUGUAAUUCUCAUCCUUUAAUCUCACCUUUCUCUCCUUCCCUCAUCUCCCUUCUCUAUCACACUCUCUCUCCCUCUUUCCAUCUUGCCAACUUCUCCCCCACUCUCUCUCCGCCUCCUACCUCCCACCUCCUUCCCCACUCUCCCUCUUCCCUUCCCCCCUUCCCACCUCCCUUCGUCUCUCAUCCUUCCCCCCUCUUCUCCUCCUCCACCCCUUCCCGUCCCCUCCCCUCUCCACCCUAUCAGGAGGUGGCGUCGGCCGAGCGGGUGAGGGGCGGUCGUCUCCUGGAGGAGCCCAAGACGCUGCUGUUCAGGGGGAACUCCCUCAGCCUGCAACUCUCCAUCCAGGACGUCCCCCAGUUCCUCUGGAGCAUCAAGCCUUUCACCACCUGCCAGGUAGGGGAUGGAGGAGUGUGUGUGGGAAAGGGAGGGGGGGUUAGAGAGGGAGUGUGGGUGUGCGUGGAACCCCAUCAUUAGAGAAACCUCCCUUCCACCACAAUCCCUUCAUCAGAUUCCUCUCCUCCAUUAACGAUCCCUUCUUCUUCCUCUGUGGUCACAUCAAAGAGCAGGGACAGCAGCAGGGGACCAGAACUAUCUUCUCCACACACACACACACACACACACACACACACACACACACACACACACACACACACACACACAAACAUACACACAACAAAAUGUAUUGACUUGCUGUUUGUUUGUCAUUGAAACUACACAAUAUGUAGGAACUGAAUUGACUUUGAAGACUGGAAUGUUAAUUCAGUUUGCUCAUGGAUACACAACCCCAUCCCCAAGAGGCUGCUGAUUGUAAUCCCUUCAAUGAUUAGCUGAGGUCGUUGAGUGGCUAAAGAGAUCAUUGACCUGGUCUGGUCUUAAAGACCCAGUGCUGUCAAUAAUGUGAUUUUCCUGUGUUUUUUAUAUAUUUCCACAUUAUGAGGUUGGAAUAAUACUGUGAAAUUGUGAAAAUUAUGAUAAUGCCCUUUUUAGUGUAAGAGCUGUUUGAAAAGACCGCCUGAAAUUUCAGACUGUUUUGGUGGGAUAAAGUUUUGGCCUGCCUGGUGACAGGCAGUCCAAUAAGAAAGACCAAUAAGAAAGAGAGGUCCAAACCUCUCUGCCAAUAACAGCUAGUUUUCAGUUUUCCCAUCCCCACUCAGACCACUCCUAGACAGUCCUAGCAAAAUUCUUGCUUAAGAAAUCACUCUUUGCUAAGAAGCUAUUUUUGGACCUUUAACUAGUAGUUAAAAGGUGAAAUAUAGGAAAGAGGGCAAUACAAUUAGCUUGCAUUGAGGCAUUGUGUUUAGCAAAUGUUGUCAUCCAGGGCCUGUAUUCAAAAUGUGCCUCAGAGUAGAAAUGCUGAUGUAGGAUCAGGUCCCCCCCCGUUCAUGUAAUUUUAUUUAUUAGGAUCUAAAAGGCCAAAUUGAUUCUAUAUCAGUACUCUGAGACUCUUUGUGAAUACGGGACCAGUGCUAGAUUAGGUAUAUAGUUUAGGGCUGUCCCUGACUAAAAAAAAUCUUGGUCAACCGAGAGUCGUCUGUUCUUUCGACCAAUCGAUUGGUAGACAUUUAUAAACGUGUAUUUUUCUAUAUAUAGACACACCCUAUGUUUGAAUAAAAUCAACUAUAUAUAGGCUACUGAGCUUUUCUGAUGCUUUAAGCACUGCGAUUAAAAAUGAAGACACACAAAUUACUAAAGAGGGAGCCAGAGAUCAAUAUAGCCUAACCAGAAGAAAAAAACCUGUUCCCGAGCCACCUCCUCCCACUGCCCGCUGUUGCUGGUCUUCGCAGAUUCUGCCAUUAUGCUCCUAAUCGAUGCCGGUAAUAGGCUACAACAAUGGUCGGCAACCUUUUCCAUUUGGAGUGCCAAGUUAUCAUACCAUUUCUACUGAUCUACUUAUGAUUUUCAUAUGCACAUUUUCAUGUAACAAUUUCAUUUAAUUUAUAAUGAAGUCUUCAUAUCUCAAAAUCAAUGUCAUGUGGUUAAUCAAAAUUCUAUCUAAAUGAAAAUGAUACAAAUCUAAAAGGAUGCAGGUAGAAAAUAUCCUGAUAAAAAUAAAUAUCCUAUAAAUCACAUUGGCUACGCAUGGCCUGUCUGCAAGGAACUUGAAACAUACAUUGUAUCAACUAUUAACUUGGUCCAGUCCGAUCGUGCUAGCAAACUUGCAACAUUGUAUGAAAUAUUCUGGUUGUACGCUCUGCAAACAAUGUGUCCACUCCUACAAUGACAACGGUAAGACUGUAAUAAUAAUAUAUUGAAUGCAUUAACAGAAAUUACUUUAACCAAACAAACAUUGUAGAUUAGAAAUUAUGGGAAUUAACGGUAAAUGUGCUACUGGUGAUGCUGGUGUGGCUUCUGCAAUGGAUUAGUCCACUGAGACAGGCAUGAAUCAGACAGGUGUCUCUUGGACCAUACAUUUUUUAUAUAUAUAUAUGGCACCACUGCUCGACCAGCCUAUCGACCAAACAAUCGACCAGUCGACUAAAGUUUAUUUAAUAUAUUGAUCUCGCUCUCUCUCUCUCUCUCUCUCCCCUCUCUUCCUCUCUCUCUCCGUCUCUCUCUUCCUCCAGGAGUUCUCGUUCUCUCAGGUGUGGGCUAGUAACCAGCACCCCCUGCAGUGUGCCUUCUCAUUGGAGCGCUACAGCCCCGCCUCCUCCCAGCUGUCCUGUAAGAUCAGUGUGCGCCAGGUCAAAGGUCAGGAGCAGAUCCUCCAGGUCUACACCUCCGUGGUCGAGGUAAGGGGAGGAGUGUGUGUGGGAGGAAGUGUGUGUGUGUGUGUAUGUGUGUGUGUGUGUGGACGCGCACAUGUGGCCCUGUGUUUGUGAGUGUCCAUCUUCAUAAGUGUGUAUAUGUCCAUGUGUGUGUAUAAAUUAAUGCUAGUGUGUGUGUAAACCCCAAAUGGAGGUGAUGCUGUUAUACUAAUUGGCUCUCUCAUUAGAGUGAAUGUCUCCGGAUUUGACUGAAGAGCUUUUCUUAAUGAAGCUCUCAGGGGCUCUUGACUUGUAGAUUGCAUCGGUUUAACUCUUUGAAGACGUAUAAUCCGCUGUUAUCUGUAGAAAUGCAUUGAAUUGUGAAUUAUAAGACUUGAAAUUAUCUAUUUAACUGUGAGUGAAAAUAUUUUACCACCCUGACACCCCUCUUUUUUAAAUCCUGUAAUGGUUUCUUCCUCCAGAGUGAAAAGGAGGUAGUCCCCUUCUUCACUCAGUCGGACUGUACCAUCACAUCACAGAUGGGGUCCAGCGCCUUCAAGAUCCCACUGUCCAUCCGCCAGAGGAUCUGUGCCACCUUCGACACAGCCAACGCCAAGGGCAAGGACUGGCAGCUGCUUGCACAGAAACUCUGCAUAGACAGGUGAGAUACCAUUUGCAUGCACUUGCGCACACACACACACACACACACACACACACACACACACACACACACACAAUCACUCAAAGACACACACACACACACACCUUGUGGGGACACACAAUUCAGUCCCAUUCAAAAUCCUAUUUUCCCUAACCCCUAACCCUAAACCUAACCCUAACCCGUACUCUUACCCUAAACCUAACCCAAAAACCUAACCCUAAACCUAACCCUAGCUCCAAACCCUAAAACUAACCCUAGCUCCUAACCCUAACCCUUAACGUAAUUCUAACCCUAACACUAAUUCUAACCUUAACCCUAAACCCCCUAGAAAUAGCAUUUUACAUUGUGGGGACUAACAAAAUGUCCCCAGUUGGUCAAAUUUAUGUUUGUUUACUAUUCUUGUGGGGACUUCUGGUCCCCACAAGAAUAGUUAAACACAUCCAUACAUAUGCACACACACACACACAUUCACACACAUAAACUCUUUCUGGUACUAUACACAAAGAAACCCUGGGUCCCCGUCCUUAAUUUCUAGUACAACUGUUAUACUGGCCCGUGCAAUGUUCACCAUGUUUAAAUUUGACUAGCAUUUUGAGUACCACCCAUUUAAGUCAAUUUAAUUUAGGUAGUCUAGAAGUUGUAUUGAUUAAUAAUGAUACUGCACGCUACAGAAAUGUGUCUUAACUUUGUUUGCUCUAUUGGCUUGGUCAAUAUGAUUGCAAAUGACUCAUUAUGAAAUGACCAAAUUACAGAAAUUAUCAACCUUGACUGAUUCAACUCUGUCUAUCAAUUGUCCCCAUGGCUGUGCCCAGUUCAUUUGCAUACUGGUUGGCUUUUUAAUCUGAAUCUUCACCACUGUUGGGAAGGGAAAGGGGGAUACCUAGUCAGUUGUACAACUGAAUGCAUUCAAAUGUGUCUGAGAGACACACACACACAAUAGCUGGAGGAGAUUGUGUAUUUGGGUCAACUGCAGGAAGGUCUCAGGCCACUGGUUGCUCAGGCUGGAGCUGUAAGAGAGAAAAUGAGAGAACGAGUAUAAUAUGAUGAUAAUAUUAUGAGGAAACAAUGUGUCCGGUUACACUUUAGUUGCUUAUCUGUUGAUAAGCAACUGCUUGCUAAGGUUACAGUUAGGUUUAGGUUUAGAAUAAGGGUUAGGGCAAGGGUUAAGGUGAGGGUUAGGUUAAGGGUAAGGGUAAGGGUUAAGUUUAGGGUUAGGAUAAGGGUUAAGGUUAGUGAUACGGUUAGGGUUAGCAGAUAGUUAGGUGAAAUGUUACUGAUAGUCUGUAGAUAGUCUCUAGAGCAUCUUCAGAUGGACUAUCCAAAUAAAGUGUUACCUGCUGUCCUCAUUAACUGUCCUCUCCACAUACGUCCCUCUCUCCCUCCUUCAUUCCCUCCAUCCCUCCCUCCUGUAGAAGUAUUUCUGGGAUAGCUGCCAGAGCGCUAUAUGCUUAGGAUGUUGGGGAUUUUAGCAGUUUGAUAAUGGGUGAUCUCUAUUCCCUCAGCAGAAGAAGAAACAGUCAAUAAUAGAGGGCUAUGUUUCAGCCAUCUUGGCUGCGUUUACCAGGCAGCCCUAUUCUGAUAUUUUUGUCACUAACUGGUAUUUUCACCAAUCCGAUCAGAUCUUUUGACCAUUGGGCUGCCUGUGUAAACACAGUCCUGUUGUCUUGUUUCCACAUAGCCAACCCUUUCCACCAUCACUUUAUCUCUCUGUCCCGCACCCCCCCCCCCCCCCCCCCCCCUCCCCCUCCCUCUCUCUGAUCUUCCAUCUAUCUUUUAGGAGUGGGGAAAGGGGAGGGGGGAGUUUACUGAGUAAAAGGGUGACAUAAGCUGCGUGACAUAAACCAGAAAACUGUGCCAGUAAACAACAUGAGGUAUUUCGGGAAUGGGAGAAGGAUUUGGGAAUCAUUUUCUACCCAGUGGAAGCCGCCAGCAGCAUGUAAUGAGAAUGUCUCUACCUUGUUAAGCAGAUUUUUGCUAUUAAAUCUCUGGGUGUGUGGGAGCAUCAUCACCACGCCUGAGAGGAGAAGGGGAGAGAGGGAGAGAGAGAGGGAGAGAGAGAGGGAGAGAGAGAGGGAGAGAGAGAGGGAGAGAGAGAGGGAGAGGGAGAGAGAGAGGGAGAGAGAGAGGGAGAGAGAGAGGGAGAGGGAGAGGGAGAGGGAGAGGUAUACUGUGAUGAAACAGUGCCCUCUGGUGAACAGCUGAGGUGGUGGGAUAGCAGUGAGGGAGUAGGAAGUUGAUGCUGAAUUUGAUAUUCAGGAUUUUGACUUUGAUAUUCAGCAUAAUGAGUUAAGCGAUGCAAUAUACAUGUAUUUGUUUCCUUCUUCCUUUUCAUCAUCCACUCAUUUCUCCCUCAUACUUUUUGUCCAGUGUCUCCCAAACCUCUUCCCGAGUAACCGCAGCCAGUACCUCUUGUUGGAUCUAUUCCAGUACAAGCAUAUCUGAAUCAUCUGGUCAACUACUCAUCAAGCCCCAGUAUUCUAUAUGAACAGUGUCCUCUCUGUCCCUAUCUCUCUCUCUCUGGCUUCCCCCCCCCACUUCCCUCACCCCUCUCUCUAGGAACCUGUGUUACUUUGCGCGUCAGGAGAGCCCAUCAGCGGUGAUCCUCAGCCUAUGGGAGGCCCAGCACCAGGACACAGGGGACCUGGACUCUCUGGCCAGCGCCCUGGAGGAGAUCGGCAAAGUCCACUCCACCUCAAGUAGGACCACCACGCAGACCACCACAAGGACCAGCGCAACACUGGGCCGCAGCACUGAGGAGCUGGACGCUGAGUUCACCUAA